UAUGAACCCUGGGAAUGAUCAUAAAUCUGAGACUUUCCACAAGGAAGUGAAUUCUUGAGGGUGCAUUUGUUUAGUUUUACUUUCGUUACUCAAUAUCACGAUGCCGUUUGUAAGGUGAACAAUAUCAAAGAGGAAGUGACAUAGCUGGCUUUUUCAUGUCAUUUCCGUGGCAUCUUCCUAAUAUCAGCAGGCUGCGAGCUGAGGAGUUGCUUCUAAGCUCCGGCAAAAAUGGUGCCUUUAUUAUCAGAGACAGCGAAAGUGUUUCCAAUGCACACACCCUCUCUUUAUUGUAAGUAUAUUUGAAUAUUGCACUGCGUCACUGCGUAUGUAGAAGUUCCGAUUUCAAUAAGGCAAGGUCGGUCCAUUCAUGUCUCGGUCUAUUAAACUUCUGAUAAAAAAAGUGCGUGUGGUUGAAUAUUAAUGUUGCGGAUAUUAACGUGACCUAUUAAUUUUAGACUGUAGUUAAGCAUAAUUAAGCUGCUGUAUCAAGUAAAUAUUAACGAAAUCCGCUUCUAGGCAGUUGAAAAGAGAAGUGUUUGGUAUUUAACAGGAAACCUUAAAAUUUGUCAUAUCAUUUUACAGGUUUACAUUUUAGGAAUCUCAUAAGUUAAUUGUAUUUUUUAUGUUUCAGUUUCAAUCAAAUGUUUCUUCCUUUUAGGAACACAGUUUGAAAAUAAAUUAGAGCUCUGUUUUGCUUAUUUUAACAUUUUUAAAGAAAUUUUGGAUUGGGUUGGUUUCAUUCUUGAUCUGAACUCCUCCAGUUAAAUGCACACUUAAGCACUUUAAAUAAUACCAUUUUGUAGACACGAGGGGAGAAUCCACCAUUUCAGAAUCUUACGAAGGGGAGACAAUGGAGCUUUCUACAUGCAGGUCAGUUGCAACAUCUCUGACUUCAUUAGCAGAAAAUGCUGAAUGUAAACAGUUUAUUUCACUUGAAAGAGCCUGUUUACAUAAGCUGGCUCAGGCUAGACCAGUUCUGUGAUGUCACAGCAUGUCAAUAGCUGUUAUGCAUAUUUACAUCAGACAAGCAAAUUUCACCAACAUCAAGCUUCAUCUUGAAAUUGCAAUAAAGUUAUACCUGCCAACUCUCACGCCUGCGGGCUGAAAACUUCGAUCUCACGCCGGCUCACGCUUGCGGGCCAAUUUCUCACACCUGAUUGAAAAAUGUGAGUUGUUGCCGUCUUGCUUGACACAAUUUCCAAAAAUAUGUUAACUCAGACCCAUGUAAGGAACGAAAACCAUGUGUAAAAUGAAUAAAUGACAAUACCUUCCUCGCGAUCUCUGAUUUUGUGGAUAAGCGUUUUCUCGAUAACUUCGACUUUUAUGUCUUCAGAAGACUUCGGACUUCUUCGGGAAUCUUCGGAAAUGAUCGUGUCAUCUUCAAAAAUCCCAGCACUCCCAGGAUAAAAAUCUCAUGCUUAUAUCUCAGAAAAAGUUGGCAGGUAUAUAAAGUAACAAAGUUUUACAUAAAUGAAUUCUCAAUGGAAAAGAAUUGAAAAAAGUAGCCAGCAUACACAAAGGGUUGAGACUUGGUGGUGAAAUUUGCUCAUCUGACAUACCGGUUAUCAUGCAUUACGGCCAUUAAACACAAUGAAAAUCGACUUCAUGAUUACACAAUGAUCAAGUAGGAAAUUUAUCGACUUCAUGGUUACACAAUGAUCAAGUAGGAAAUUUAUCGACUUCAUGGUUACGCAAUGAUCAAGUAAGAAAUUUUCUGUGCAAUCAUGCUUGAUGGGCCAGCCCUGCAAACCCAACAAACCAAGUAACACCCUGCACAUGUAUACUGCUUUCAAUCUCUCUAAACAUGGCAGGUCUCAGCUGGCUCAAUUCACGUAUUAUUUAGAUAUUUACCUGGCCCAUAAUCAUAAUCCAGGGCUUGUAGUCUAGCAGCAACCAGGCCUGUGGUACCUAACUUUUGAUCCCGGACAACGAGAAAAUCUUAGUUUUUUUCAUACAAAUCAUAAUGCUGGGUGCCCUGGAUAAUUUCACGUAAGUUCAGAACACUGGGCUCCCUUCAAUUUUUCUUAGAGGACAACCUUGUAAUCAGCCCCUCACCUUUUCACAUCUUCUAGUGGCUAAAGGAAUACUUCAUAAAGACAAAACAAAAAAAUUUUGGUAAAACCAAAUAAAUAAAUAGUACAAUGCAAAACUUCUGCCAGGGGCAUUAUUAAAUGGAGAAAAUACAGUAUAUAAGUCAAACACCAAUAUUGAAACUCAAACGGGUAUGCUAGUUACAGCUCAAUUCAUUGUAUCACACUGUGUGUAUUGCAAACUUCGAAGGGAUUUUGGGUUUUUCUGAUCCGUCAACCAUUUUAGUGAAGGCGGGGUUAAUGCAAAUCACAAUGUAACAUGUUCGCCCAGCUUGGCUGAGAAUGACCCUAGACUGCUCAAGAAUAGCGAAGGAAAUUGUGAUGGUGAGUGGAUUUUUUGUCAAAGGAAGGAGGCAGAUGUUGCUUUAUUCUUGCAAGUGACGGGAAUAAGAAAGAUCAGAAAAACCUGCAAAGCAAGCUCAACUAGUCGAUUAUUGCCCCAAAACAGGACGAUCACAAAGCAACGAACCUUAAAACCUGAAACAAACAAAACGGAUCGAAAUCCACCAAUCACAAAUCACAAACCGUGACCUUUUGAACUCAUGCCAGUAAACAUGUAUGUCCUAAGAGGUCCGCUAAGAUGAUUGACGGAACAGAAAAAGCCAAAAUUUCUUCAAAGUUUGCAAAACACACUGCACGAUACAACGAAUUUCACUGUAAAACCAAAAUAUACAUAUUCAAUGGUGUCACCAAUGAUUAGCCUUAAUCGUCAGUAAAGAGGCAUCUGUUAAUUUUAUUUCAAGGCCUUCCCCGGUGUGCAACCUCAGGAUUUCAAUAAGCUUGAACAUCUGGUCACUUUCUACAGUCAAGCAAAUGAUGGUCUACCCUGUGAGUUAAGGCAGCCAGCAAUGGCACCACAAGACAGGGAUAGUAUUACUGAUGAUGAAACAGGUGAGAUUAGACAGGGUUCACAAAUACACCAAAAUUGUUCAGAUGCCUCCACUGAGGUUACGGAGGGAGUCACUUCGACUCCAGAAAUUUUUGGUAACAAACACAGUUUUGUCCUUACCUUUUUUGCAACAAAUACAAUUUACGUUUAUUGUAAACGUUGUAAACCUUAAUUAAAUCGUUGAAAUUAAAGAAUUAUACUGCACGACAAAACAGGAAGAGGGUAAAUUACAAUCAAAGUUUACUCGAUGACCGCCAUCAUGGAUUGGAGCUUUCCAGGUCAGCUGACUGCCACAGCUGUUUCGUGUAUCCCUCAUGAUAGUGUAUACAUGCCAGGACCACAUGCAGGAAAGUCUGAAAAUUGCUUUUUUCAUUGUGAUGCUUGACUCCAAAUAUUCCAAAAUGACUCCAAAAUUUGUGAAGCAGAAGUCACACUGACUCCACUCAUCAAUAAAAUUUGCAAACCGUGUUAGAGCAGAGCUGCAAAUAACAGUCAGUCCAACUAAAAUGUCCCCCACCCAAUGAAAUCCUACCUGGAGUUAGACAUGAUGACCAGACAGAUCAAACGAAUUAUUACCAAAGACUAUCAUUUUGCAGCUGAAAAACAGGUGCAUAGUAUAGUUUGUAAAGAAAAAUACAGUCAAACCUCCUUUAAAUGAUCGCCAAAAAUGCAGAGAUUUAGUAGUUACUUACUGGAGGUGGUUGCUCAUGGCAAUCCAACCACAGGGGGUCUCAUCUGAGAAGAGUUCCCAACAUGUCUACUCUUUGGCAGAGAAUUCACUGUAUGCAAUUUCUAAGUUAUGCUUACCUGUAUGUUAUGGGUCAAAAUGAAAUUCAGGGUAAAAUUUGUUAACCUGUGUUGAUUUUCCUUUUCCUUUGUCUCCAAGCCCUAAUUCGUGAAUAAUUAAGGCUAGGAGAAAAACGAAAAUGAGAAUCCACCUAGGUUAAAAUUUUUGACCUGUAACAUAUACGUGUUUUAUAAUAUUCGCACUCCAUACCCUUUGUCCUGUUACGGGGUACUAUGUUAUGGGAGGAAACUGCAACUACCAGGACAAUAUAGGCAUGCCGAAUAAUUGGGGUAUGCGACGUCAACCUCCACCAGGUUAUAUUGUAGGUGGGAGGGGCAAAGCUUUGAAGUCACUUCCACUGAAGUCUGCUAACCUGGCCCAGAGGUGGGCAAAAACCAAGCUAUUCUAAGCAAAGGCUGUAAUGCAUCAUGCCAAUAGCACGCAGGCCCAACAUGAUGGAAUUUAAAGGAGUUUCUUAUUUCCUGUGUCAUGGGCAAAUUGUGUAUGAAGUGAGAAUAGUUUCAUUUUGACCUGUAACAUAUACAAAGAACUUUCAUGAUGGCCCGACGGGCAAGUGAUGUUUUUUGAGGAAUUCAAAUAACAGAAGAACUGUGAAAUCAAUUCUGCUCGUCAAAAAGCUUUUGGGGCUAGUUGAAAUGAUGUCUGGGCUAGUAAAUGCUAGCAUCAGCUUGCCCAAAUGGCAAGCUGUAAAAAUGAAUUUCUUUGCACUCUGCAGAGGUUAAAAACAAUUGUAAAUUAUGAAGCCAUCAGGCCAAAAAAGUGGUCAAGGUAGCUGAUGGGAGGUAGUCGCUAACAAGAGGUGGUCACACAUGGAGGUUAGACUAAUGUGUGUCUGACUUAAACAGUGACCUGGACAAACAUAAUUAUCUCCUUUCCUCAACGCAAGCCUGGUCAUGCAUACCCUCAUAGAGUGUGUGCCCGACCAGGCUUGGCCGUAUGUGCUUUAAAAAUUUGUUUAUUCAUUCAUUCCAUGUGCGACCACUUGGCUCAUCUCAGUUGCACCCAAAAAAAUUUGGGUGUUCACCAAACAGCAAGUUUGACUUGAUCCUAGUAGCUGCCAACUCCACUGCAUGUGUUUGCUUCAGUCUAGAUUUUAGCUUUUUGUACUGAUUUGACUUAAAAUUUCUACUAAUUUUUUGGUCACCAGUCUGACUCCAGUUGUUCAAAAGCUGGAUAGCGCUAUCCACUGGGUAAAUAACUAUCCAGCAGAUAAGUGUUUAGGGAAACCAGUCGCACUAUUCAGUGGAUAGAGAUUUAUUUGGUGUGUAGCAUUAUCCACUCUUUGAACAACUGGGGCCAGAGCAAUUAACUUGGUCAACAAGCAAGUCUGUAAUUUUUUUUGUCCAUUCUAGAUGACGAAGACGAUAGAACAGCUGAAACAUUGGAUCAGUCACAGAGGUGCAGUACCUGUGGAGAGUUAACCCUUUAAGUGCCAAUAGUGACCAAGAUCAAUUUUUUCCUAACAAUAUCCAUACACUGUCAAGAGAUAAGUUAUGAGAAUUAAUAAAAUGAUCGCGUGAGAAAAAAUGCCCUGAUCUAUCAUCAAAUUCUCUCAUCUAAUUCCUUAAGGAAAUGUAUGGAGAUCAGUUUGGAGAAUUUGUAUGUGGAUACUGGGGCUUAAAGGGUUAACUCCUUGACCAGAAGGAGGCAUGAAUGAUGCUGUAACAUUAGAUUUUGACAUUUUUCACUGACUUGAUAUUUUGUUUCAAUACUAUUUACAGCCUUGCAGAUGAGAGCUUUCAUACAGCCCUUGGUGUAUACCUUGGGGAUGGGCUUAAAAAUGACAUGAUCACAGCAGUUAAUGGUGGAGCAGUGUUAGAUGGAAUGCAAACUCUCCUUGCUACAACAUCACUCAACCUCAUAACGUAAGAUAAACAUACAAGCUCCCUGCACAUGCCCUUGGAACUCUUCAAAUUACUUUGUCAACUUAAAAAAUUAUUAUCCUUUACUACUCAAUGACCCCUUCAAGGUUACCUUAAAGUACUCUUUAGUACCAAAAGUACUCUAAAAGUUAAUAAUACAUAUGAAUUAAUGACAAAAUAAUAUAUUACCUAUUUUGUGUAAUCUUUAGGGAACUUCAGUCGUUUUUAUCAAGAGUGAACAUUCUUCAGAGUGUUUUUAGUAUGGGAGGACAGAAUAAACUGGUAUGUUUUUGUUAUGCCGUCAGUAAUGCAAAUAUAUAGAACUUUAAUAAUUAAAUGCAGUUGUAGCCCUUGAUAGGAAAUAGAAAAGAGAGGAAUCAAGGAAAAGGGAUCUGAUAGGAAUAAAUUUGGAAAAGGAUUAGGUAUUAAAUUGGGUGUGGGAAUGACAAUGAGUGUAAUAAUUAUGUAAAAUCCUUCCUCAGGUUGAACCAGUAUUCAGCCUUGCUUGAUUCAGAAUUUAGUUUGUUUCCUAGCCUUAAUUAUUCAUAUUCUAGUAAGGUGUAGCUCCAGAAAAUAUCCAAAAUAUCCACGGAGGGAAUUCAAAGUAGGCAGACUGCAAAUUAUAGUAGUUGCUAAAAAAUAUAUCUACGAGUCCCAACUGUUCAUCAGUAGGAUGCCUAAAGUGCGUGCAAUUCCAUAAUAUUGGUUUUGGCUCCAUUAAACCCUAUACCAAUUGCAGAACAUUUUAGGAGGAGCACCCACCCUGUGAGCACAUUCGCGGACAACACAUAUAAGAGAGGAAAAUAACUCAAAGCAAAACUAAGACGUUAUUUAACGAACUGAAUGUACACGCAACUUAAAUAAAUAAAUAAUGCACAUGCCCAAAAUUAAAUUGCGCACGCACACGUACCAAGAUACAACUGAAAUAAAAUCCAAGUAAUAAAUAAGCAAUGUAAGGAUACGAUGGUGCAAUUUAAGCCUGGAUUGCUAAUCUCAUCUCCCGCAGGGCUGCACCAUACUUGUCGAUGAUAAGGCCAUGGCGAUUGACGAAUUUAUGAAAUGAAUUCUGAAGUCGAUUGGUUUCAAAGCCUUGUUGUCUGAAUGUCACUUUGGAGCCCCCAUCUUCCUGGAUUUUCCAAUUUUCCGGGGAUGACCCGCCGCCCCUCAAGAAUUUCCACAAGUGUGACAAAGACCCCCCAACCUUGUUUGUUUCAGAAUUUAGCUUUUUUCCCUGCCCCAAUUAUUCAUAGAAGACUUUUUCUAGUAAUGACCAAAGGUUACUGAGUGCAGGCGACAUGGAUUGAAGGUCAAAACACGUGAUUAGAUUACAAGAGACAUACUUUAGAAGGUCCAAACACACAUCAGAUCAGAUUGCAUUCUGUACAUCCCAUCCCAUUCUCAUUCCCCAAUUGAAGCUGGCUAUGUUUGGCUGUGCAUCGCCAUAUGCAAUGGCAACCUGCUGGCGAUUAUGAUUGCGGACUCCUCUUGUCCCCUGCUAGAAAGGAAAUCCUUGUUUAACCUGAGAACAGAUUUUACCUACUGCACAAAAGAACUUGGGGACACUAUAUCUGCAAUGGCAAAAAAAACGAAAUGGGUACUGGGAUUAUUAUAACAGUGGUGGAUCCAGGGGAGGGGCCAGGGGGAGCCCCUUAAUUUUGGACCAAACUGAGGCCUGAAGGGCCAAAAAAAACUUUUUUUAAAAUCCCCCCCCCCCCCCCCCACCUUAUCUCAGGGUUUGGAUGGCCAGAUAAAUGAAACAUGUAUGUAUGUACGUGUAUGUAUGUACAGGUAUGUAUGUAUGACUGCCCCCCUGCUAUGUAAAGGUCUGGAUUCGUCACUGUAUAAAUGAGGGUGGGAUUGGAAUACAAGACAAUACAAGUGGUAUGUGGAUAUGGGAAUGUGAAUGGACGAGUAAUAAUAUGCAAGUCCUUUAUAAAUGUGGACUCACACUGCAUGUUCUGCAUAUGUUAUUAUCAUCAUCAACCUACUGUAUUCUCCUUUCUCCUGGUAAUAAUACAAUUUUAAAGUUUCUUUCUGUUGUAUUUUUUAGAAAUGUGCACUUCCAGAUCAUUCCAGUGAGGUAGGCAUAUUGUAUUAUGUUAGUUCAGUUGUAGCUAAUUAUUUGUUUAAUUAUUAAUUUGCUGUAAAAUAUAUUGCUUGGUGACUGAUCAUUCUAGUUCAUGUAGACUAUAUUUUAUGGUAGGUCUGUAAUUAACAGUAUUUUAAUACCUCCAGGUAGCUUGAAAAAUUCCCCUUUAGUCAUCAAGGAAAAGAAGGUGUUUUCUGGCUGGGCAGGUUAAUCUUUUGAUUUUAACAUGCCCAGUUGGCAAGAAUUCUUGUAACUAUAAAAAAAUUAACUAAGAGAAGCAAGCAGUGGCCCUUAUGGAGGCAGUGUGGCCAAGUGUCCAGCGCAUGGGACUUGCAAUCCUCAAUCACUCUGGCCACUUGCUGGAUUCAUUGUCGGUUGUCCCGAGUUCAAACCCUUGACCACACUUAUAAAAUUAAUAGCCAAUUGGUUGUCUCCCUGCCAGUUGGGGUUUUUAAUCCUGUUAUGUUCUAUUUGGAUUAUUUGUUUCUUUAGAUACCAUUUGAGCGGAGAGCCCUGUAAACAAACUUAAUUAGUAAAACUAGUGACCCCUCCCCUCCCACCCCAAACAAAGUUUAAUUUUGAGCAUCAUGGGUGGAAAUGAGUCUUUUUUUAGCUAACAUUGCUGAGUGGAGUAGGGACGAAGGGAUGAACCCAAAGCCGAUCAAAAAAUUGUUGUAAGGAGCAGAGUCCUAUGUAAAAAUUACUUGCAAGGGUUUUUCACGCCGUUCCAAGUUCUUUUGGCCUCCAUUGUAGGCAAGCAAUAUGUGAGAGCCGCUUAUCCAAAGCUUCAAUUCAAGUCUUUUUCGCGCCCUGAGGUCCAUCUUGUUUACUGUUUCAAUGUGUUUUCUUACAGGAGGAACCCAGUUUUAAGCUAUUGAUGGAUCUUCUGGCUGAGAGCAUAGCUGGAGCCAAGUCUCUUCAAACUCAGGUUGAUCAAGAGACACAAUUAUUUUGUUCCAUCGGGGUUGUGCUCUAGCAGAGCCUGGUGGCCCCUGGCGCAUAACUUUUGCCGUCGGGUGACUAGGAAAUCUCAGAUUUUUCACACAAAUCAUAUGCUGGGCACCCUAGAUUUCACAGUUUCAGAGCACUGGGCUCCCUUCAAUUUUCCUUAGAGCACAGCCUCGUCCAUGUUCUUCAUUGCCACAGAUAUAGAACCUUGCAGUAGUGGAUCCAGACCUUCGGAUAAGGGAGGGAGGGGAGGGGGUGCAGUGUCAGUGCCUGUCAGGUCUCAGUUUGGGCUAAAAAUACUUGGGGGGGAGGGUGCUGGGUCCCCCGGGCCCCUCCCCCUGGAUCUGCCCCUGCCUUGAAACUCAUUUUGUUUGAGUUUCUAUACACUAUGUUGUUGUGCCCUUUUUGUAUACCCCCUUUAAAUCAAAACGGUACUCUCUUUUGACACCAGGAAUAUCUGUAAGAGGUAGCUUGAUCUCCAGGUUUAAAUGAUCUAAUCUUGAAACUCAUAAGCAGUUAUUUCCCAUGCUACUGUUUGUGUUUUCAUUUUGGUGGACUGUGGGUUGAGUGAAUAGGUUUUCUUAUUUUAAACAUUCAAAUUCAUGUAUUAUUAGGUCCUGGUCUUUACAGCCUUGUUGCUGCCUUAGACAAGGCAUUUUGAUUUUUAUAGUGAACUUAAUAAAUCUUAGUUUGUUUUUCUGAUGAACAAACUUUUCAUAUAUUUGCAGUGGCAAAUACAAGGGAAGGCCCUUGGGAUCAAUUAAAGUUUCUGGGAAACUGCCCACCUACCCCUCCCCUAAGCUAACAUUAACACUUACUUCUCACUUAGGGCAAAAUGAUGGCUUAGGGAAGGGGUAGGUGGGUAGUUUCCCAGAAACCUAAAUUGAUCCGGCCCUUGGGGGUUGCAUUCCUGUCCAAUAUAAUUUUUCCACACCGCCACCCUACUAUUAUGUGUGUCCCCCCUAUCCUCAACACUGGAUCUACCACUGAUUAGCCUGUGCCACAGAUGAAACCAAGCUUUGGUUAUGUCUAUCAGCAAAACAGUACUGAAAUCCUGGCUUGUUCUGAGCCUCUGCCUGUGUACCAGGCUUUGAGUACGCACCAUGAUUAGCAUGUUAAAAAAGCCAUUAUCAAUUUGCCAGUCUGGUUGAAAGGAAAAUUGAAACACAAUGGUGAGUUCCAGAACAAGGAUAUUGGCACUGCUUUGCAGGCAUUACUAACUGGGGUUAGACUACGUCUGCGACACAGGCUAGCACUAAUCUCUCCUGCAUGUACAUGUAUACCCUGUGAUUGACUAGCAAACCUAACAGGAAUGCUACAACCCCGGACAAAACUGUUGAGACAAUUCCAUCUAUUUUCUAACUUUUGCGCCCUACUCCCGUCUCCCCUAAACACAAAAAGUAAACCCCCUCCCCACCCCCUAUUCAAAGUUGCCUUGGUCUAAAAACCAACGUGUAUAAUUGCCAUGCUAUCCUAAACAACUUUGGAUAAGGGGAGGGGGGAAAUCGGGCAUUCAUUUGGCGGCGGUUUCAGUUUUUGCCGGGAUGACAGGAAAAAAUAGGCAUUUUCACGAUUUGUCUCAACAGGUUUUGUCCGGGGUUGUCUGCGUAUUGUUUUCGGUAUUCUUUAACUUUCAUAGCAAUUACCUCAAGUUAUAGUCCUCUCUUUUGGUCAAAUUGAUAAAAGCCAUUGUUUCAGCAUACUUUUUUUUUCUUUUGAAUGCGAAAUAAAAUUUUUACAGUAAAAAUUGAAGUUAUAACACUCUGAUUACAUGAUCUGUCAAAUGACAUUUACUCUGUGACGUUACCAUGGGCAUGACUUUCAACGGCUUAUGUGUCCGUAGACGCUUUGCCUGCUCAAAUGAUGACAUUGAUAUGUAAUCGCCAGACAAAAUGGAUCUCUCGAGAACUUCCGAUAGUGACGAAUCAUUUUAAGGAGGCUCGGAAAUAUCGCAUGAAUCACUAGGUGAGAGGAAGGUUAGUGCGCUUACCUGGUCACUUACAGUCACGCCGAAUGUGGCUCAUUUUUCCAUCCCAUGAGUAAUUUGCCUUAGCAGUGAUUACGCUGAUUCGCCAAGUUUAGUGCAAAGAUCCUACACUUAAUAGGACAACAUUGCCUCAGUUACAGCAAAUGUGGAAUUGUGUACGAACGGGAAUGUGGUAUGAUGGAUCUCUCAUUUCUCCACGCAGAUCCCGGGGGGAACAAUAACGGAAAUCCCUUGAUGUGUAAGGUGCUUCGAUGAGCUUGCUAUGCAACAACAAAACGGAGUAGUUUUUCUCGCAGACGGUUAACUUAACGAAUAAAGUACUGCAGAGGAAAGAAACAUCGGUUAACGACGGUUAACAAUGGUUAACAACUUUUCUGAAGAAAAACAACAGUUAGACUAUCAGUUUCCUUUAAUAUAUUCUGUUAACCGCUGUUAACCGUUGUUAACCGUUGGAAUAAACAUGUGCGUGCCUGUUAAUCGUUUAUUUCAAGCGUUUACGGUGCUUUCAAGCAUUUUCCGUAGUAUAUAGAACCUUUUUGUUGAUUUUCAAGCAUUAAAAAGACCUUUUUACUUAAGGGAAAACUUUUUGACACUGGUGUAAUUGUCAUGAAGUGCGCUGUUUUUUGUCACAAAAGAACUGCCAUCGUGUGACAACAUGUUUUCGCUAUAUUUGUGAUCAAAGAGGCAUUGCUUUCCCUACACAUCCUAUUUCUACCCAUUUUGGAAGUUCUUCAUUAAUAUUUGUUCUUUUGGCCUUGGUUGUCAUAGAAGAAUUAACGGUUUUAUCGGCAUGGAUUCCAUUAUUUUGUCAAGUAGAUAAUCUGGUAUAUUAUGUUGUAAAUUGUUCUAAUUAUUACACACUCAGUAAACGCUGGUAUUGUUAACUCGGUGAAGCUUACUUUUCCAGUUCUACUUUAACUACAUGGAGAAAGUUGUCACUGCAACUAAGUAUCACUACCUCUAAGGGUUAUUUUUAACUGCUCCGCCGCAUUCUUGAGUCCUCGUGCAUGACCUGCACACCACGCACUAUUAUUUUUUAACAGGACAGUUGUGCUGCGCAAAUAUAAUGAAUACCCAGUCUUAUCUAAUUUAUUCGACAUGUAAGCACAAUUAACGUUGGUAAAAAGGCCGGAGGUAAGGCUCCUAUUAAGAUAUCAUAUUUGUGACACACAGUAACUCCUUAACCGUGGCCACCAACCACAAUUAAUUUCAAUACUUUUUCUGUAACGAGCAUGAUUUCUUUCUCAUUUAGGUAUAAGGUUUCUAAUUUAUGGCUAAAUUUCUAAGUGCAUAAUUAAUGCGUCCUAAUUGUUUUUAUGAAACCUUCUUUCGUAGUCACAAAGCUUUAGACAAGUACAACAUCUGUGCAAAAAAUCAAUACCCUCCGACCUUACAUCGCGAAGUUACAGCGAUUUGAACAACUGGCCUUCACAGACAACCCCGGACAAAACUGUUGAGACAAUUCCAUCUAUUUUCUAACUUUUGCGCCCUACUCCCGUCUCCCCUAAACACAAAAAGUAAACCCCCUCCCCACCCCCUAUUCAAAGUGUCCUUGGUCUAAAAACCAACUUGUAUAAUUGCCAUGCUAUCCUAAACAACUUUGGAUAAGGGGAGGGGGGAAAUCGGGCAUUCAUUUGGCGGCGGUUUCAGUUUUUGCCGGGAUGACAGGAAAAAAUAGGCAUUUUCACGAUUUGUCUCAACAGGUUUUGUCCGGGGUUGUCUGCGUAUUGUUUUCGGUAUUCUUUAACUUUCAUAGCAAUUACCUCAAGUUAUAGUCCUCUCUUUUGGUCAAAUUGAUAAAAGCCAUUGUUUCAGCAUACUUUUUUUUUCUUUUGAAUGCGAAAUAAAAUUUUUACAGUAAAAAUUGAAGUUAUAACACUCUGAUUACAUGAUCUGUCAAAUGACAUUUACUCUGUGACGUUACCAUGGGCAUGACUUUCAACGGCUUAUGUGUCCGUAGACGCUUUGCCUGCUCAAAUGAUGACAUUGAUAUGUAAUCGCCAGACAAAAUGGAUCUCUCGAGAACUUCCAAUAGUGACGAAUCAUUUUCAGGAGGCUCGGAAAUAUCGCAUGAAUCACUAGGUGAGAGGAAGGUUAGUGCGCUUACCUGGUCACUUACAGUCACGCGAAUGUGGCUCAUUUUUCCAUCCCGCGAGUAAUUUGCCUUAGCAGUGAUUACGUCGUUCGCCAAGUUUAGUGCAAAGAUCCUACACUUAAUAGGACAACAUUGCCUCAGUUACAGCAAAUGUGGAAUUGUGUACGAACGGGAAUGUGGUAUGAUGGAUCUCUCAUUUCUCCACGCAGAUCCCGCGGGAACAAUAACGGGAAAUCCCUUGAUGUGUAAGGUGCUUCGAUGAGCUUGCUAUGCAACAAAAACGGAGUAGUUUUUCUCGCAGACAGUUAACUUAACGAAUAAAGUACUGCAGAGGAAAGAAACAUCGGUUAACGACGGUUAACAAUGGUUAACAACUUUUCUGAAGAAAAACAACAGUUAGACUAUCAGUUUCCUUUAAUAUAUUCUGUUAACCGCUGUUAACCGUUGUUAACCGUAGGAAUAAACAUGUGCGUGCCUGUUAAUCGUUUAUUUCAAGCGUUUACGGUGCUUUCAAGCAUUUUCCGUAGUAUAUAGAACCUUUUUGUUGAUUUUCAAGCAUUAAAAAGACCUUUUUACUUAAGGGAAAACUUUUUGACACUGGUGUAAUUGUCAUGAAGUGCGCUGUUUUUUGUCACAAAAGAACUGCCAUCGUGUGACAACAUGUUUUCGCUAUAUUUGUGAUCAAAGAGGCAUUGCUUUCCCUACACAUCCUAUUUCUACCCAUUUUGGAAGUUCUUCAUUAAUAUUUGUUCUUUUGGCCUUGGUUGUCAUAGAAGAAUUAACGGUUUUAUCGGCAUGGAUUCCAUUAUUUUGUCAAGUAGAUAAUCUGGUAUAUUAUGUUGUAAAUUGUUCUAAUUAUUACACACUCAGUAAACGCGGGUAUUGUUAACUCGGUGAAGCUUACUUUUCCAGUUCUACUUUAACUACAUGGAGAAAGUUGUCACUGCAACUAAGUAUCACUACCUCUAAGGGUUAUUUUUAACUGCUCCGCCAAGAUUCUUGAGUCCUCGUGCAUGACCUGCACACCACGCACUAUUAUUUUUUAACAGGACAGUUGUGCUGCGCAAAUAUAAUGAAUACCCAGUCUUAUCUAAUUUAUUCGACAUGUAAGCACAAUUAACGUUGGUAAAAAGGCCGGAGGUAAGGCUCCUAUUAAGAUAUCAUAUUUGUGACACACAGUAACUCCUUAACCGUGGCCACCAACCACAAUUAAUUUCAAUACUUUUUCUGUAACGAGCAUGAUUUCUUUCUCAUUUAGGUAUAAGGUUUCUAAUUUAUGGCUAAAUUUCUAAGUGCAUAAUUAAUGCGCCCUAAUUGUUUUUUAUGAAACCUUCUUUCGUAGUCACAAAGCUUUAGACAAGUACAACAUCUGUGCAAAAAAUCAAUACCCUCCGACCUUACAUCGCGGGUUACAGCGAUUUGAACAACUGGCCUUCACAGACAACCCCGGACAAAACUGUUGAGACAAUUCCAUCUAUUUUCUAACUUUUGCGCCCCUACUCCCGUCUCCCUAAACACAAAAGUAAACCCCUCCCACCCCCUAUUCAAAGUGUCCUUGGUCUAAAAACCAACUUGUAUAAUUGCCAUGCUAUCCUAAACAACUUUGGAUAAGGGAGGGGGAAAUCGGCAUUCAUUUGGCGGCGGUUUCAGUUUUUGCCGGGAUGACAGGAAAAAAUAGGCAUUUUCACGAUUUGUCUCAACAGGUUUUGUCCGGGGUUGUCUGCGUAUUGUUUUCGGUAUUCUUUAACUUUCAUAGCAAUUACCUCAAGUUAUAGUCCUCUCUUUUGGUCAAAUUGAUAAAAGCCAUUGUUUCAGCAUACUUUUUUUUUUUUCUUUUGAAUGCGAAAUAAAAUUUUUACAGUAAAAAUUGAAGUUAUAACACUCUGAUUACAUGAUCUGUCAAAUGACAUUUACUCUGUGACGUUACCAUGGGCAUGACUUUCAACGGCUUAUGUGUCCGUAGACGCUUUGCCUGCUCAAAUGAUGACAUUGAUAUGUAAUCGCCAGACAAAAUGGAUCUCUCGAGAACUUCCGAUAGUGACGAAUCAUUUUCAGGAGGCUCGGAAAUAUCGCAUGAAUCACUAGGUGAGAGGAAGGUUAGUGCGCUUACCUGGUCACUUACAGUCACGCGAAUGUGGCUCAUUUUUCCAUCCCGCGAGUAAUUUGCCUUAGCAGUGAUUACGUCGUUCGCCAAGUUUAGUGCAAAGAUCCUACACUUAAUAGGACAACAUUGCCUCAGUUACAGCAAAUGUGGAAUUGUGUACGAACGGGAAUGUGGUAUGAUGGAUCUCUCAUUUCUCCACGCAGAUCCCGCGGGAACAAUAACGGGAAAUCCCUUGAUAUGUAAGGUGCUUCGAUGAGCUUGCUAUAUUGCAACAAAAACGGAGUAGUUUUUCUCGCAGACGGUUAACUUAACGAAUAAAGUACUGCAGAGGAAAGAAACAUCGGUUAACGACGGUUAACAAUGGUUAACAACUUUUCUGAAGAAAAACAACAGUUAGACUAUCAGUUUCCUUUAAUAUAUUCUGUUAACCGCUGUUAACCGUUGUUAACCGUUGGAAUAAACAUGUGCGUGCCUGUUAAUCGUUUAUUUCAAGCGUUUACGGUGCUUUCAAGCAUUUUCCGUAGUAUAUAGAACCUUUUUGUUGAUUUUCAAGCAUUAAAAAGACCUUUUUACUUAAGGGAAAACUUUUUGACACUGGUGUAAUUGUCAUGAAGUGCGCUGUUUUUUGUCACAAAAGAACUGCCAUCGUGUGACAACAUGUUUUCGCUAUAUUUGUGAUCAAAGAGGCAUUGCUUUCCCUACACAUCCUAUUUCUACCCAUUUUGGAAGUUCUUCAUUAAUAUUUGUUCUUUUGGCCUUGGUUGUCAUAGAAGAAUUAACGGUUUUAUCGGCAUGGAUUCCAUUAUUUUGUCAAGUAGAUAAUCUGGUAUAUUAUGUUGUAAAUUGUUCUAAUUAUUACACACUCAGUAAACGCGGGUAUUGUUAACUCGGUGAAGCUUACUUUUCCAGUUCUACUUUAACUACAUGGAGAAAGUUGUCACUGCAACUAAGUAUCACUACCUCUAAGGGUUAUUUUUAACUGCUCCGCCGCAUUCUUGAGUCCUCGUGCAUGACCUGCACACCACGCACUAUUAUUUUUUAACAGGACAGUUGUGCUGCGCAAAUAUAAUGAAUACCCAGUCUUAUCUAAUUUAUUCGACAUGUAAGCACAAUUAACGUUGGUAAAAAGGCCGGAGGUAAGGCUCCUAUUAAGAUAUCAUAUUUGUGACACACAGUAACUCCUUAACCGUGGCCACCAACCACAAUUAAUUUCAAUACUUUUUCUGUAACGAGCAUGAUUUCUUUCUCAUUUAGGUAUAAGGUUUCUAAUUUAUGGCUAAAUUUCUAAGUGCAUAAUUAAUGCGUCCUAAUUGUUUUUAUGAAACCUUCUUUUCGUAGUCACAAAGCUUUAGACAAGUACAACAUCUGUGCAAAAAAUCAAUACCCUCCGACCUUACAUCGCGCGGGUUACAGCGAUUUGAACAACUGGCCUUCACAGACAACCCCGGACAAAACUGUUGAGACAAUUCCAUCUAUUUUCUAACUUUUGCGCCCUACUCCCGUCUCCCCUAAACACAAAAAGUAAACCCCUCCCCACCCCUAUUCAAAGUGUCCUUGGUCUAAAAACCAACUUGUAUAAUUGCCAUGCUAUCCUAAACAACUUUGGAUAAGGGAGGGGGAAAUCGGCAUUCAUUUGGCGGCGGUUUCAGUUUUUGCGGGAUGACAGGAAAAAAUAGGCAUUUUCACGAUUUGUCUCAACAGGUUUUGUCCGGGGUUGUUGCGUAUUGUUUUCGGUAUUCUUUAACUUUCAUAGCAAUUACCUCAAGUUAUAGUCCUCUCUUUUGGUCAAAUUGAUAAAAGCCAUUGUUUCAGCAUACUUUUUUUUUUUCUUUUGAAUGCGAAAUAAAAUUUUUACAGUAAAAUUGAAGUUAUAACACUCUGAUUACAUGAUCUGUCAAAUGACAUUUACUCUGUGACGUUACCAUGGGCAUGACUUUCAACGGCUUAUGUGUCCGUGAGGCGCUUUGCCUGCUCAAAUGAUGACAUUGAUAUGUAAUCGCCAGACAAAAUGGAUCUCGAGAACUUCCGAUAGUGACGAAUCAUUUUCAGGAGGCUCGGAAAUAUCGCAUGAAUCACUAGGUGAGAGGAAGGUUAGUGCGCUUACCUGGUCACUUACAGUCACGCGAAUGUGGCUCAUUUUUCCAUCCCGCGAGUAAUUUGCCUUAGCAGUGAUUACGUCGUUCGCCAAGUUUAGUGCAAAGAUCCUACACUUAAUAGGACAACAUUGCCUCAGUUACAGCAAAUGUGGAAUUGUGUACGAACGGGAAUGUGGUAUGAUGGAUCUCUCAUUUCUCCACGCAGAUCCCCUGGGAACAAUAACGGAAAUCCCUUGAUGUGUAAGGUGCUUGAUGAGCUUGCUAUGCAACAAAAACGGAGUAGUUUUUCUCGCAGACGGUUAACUUAACGAAUAAAGUACCGCAGAGGAAAGAAACAUCGGUUAAUGACGGUUAACAACGGUUAACAACUUUUCUGAAGAAAAACAACAGUUAGACUAUCAGUUUCCUUUAAUAUAUUCUGUUAACCACUGUUAACCAUUGUUAACCGUUGGAAUAAACAUGUGCGUGCCUGUUAAUCGUUUAUUUCAAGCAUUUACGGUGCUUUCAAGCAUUUUCCGUAGUAUAUAGAACCUUUUUGUUGAUUUUCAAGCAUUAAAAAGACCUUUUUACUUAAGGGAAAACUUUUUGACACUGGUGUAAUUGUCAUGAAGCUAGUGCGCUGUUUUUUGCCACAAAAGAACUGCCAUCGUGUGACAACAGGUUCUCGCUAUAUUUGUGAUCAAAGAGGCAUUGCUUUCCCUACACAUCCUAUUUCUACCCAUUUUGGAAGUUCUUCAUUAAUAUUUGUUCUUUUGGCCUUGGUUGUCAUAGAAGAAUUAACGGUUUUAUCGGCAUGGAUUCCAUUAUUUUGUCAAGUAGAUAAUCUGGUAUAUAUGUUGUAAAUUGUUCUAAUUACACACUCAGUAAACGCGGGUAUUGUUAACUCGGUGAAGCUUACUUUUCCAGUUCUACUUUAACUACAUGGAGAAAGUUGUCACUGCAACUAAGUAUCACUACCUCUAAGGGUUAGUUUUAACUGCUCCGCCGCAUUCUUGAGUCCUCGUGCAUGACCUGCACACCACGCACUAUUAUUUUUUAACAGGACAGUUGUGCUGCGCAAAUAUAAUAAAUACCCAGUCUUAUCUAAUUUAUUCGACAUGUAAGCACAAUUAACGUUGGUAAAAAGGCCAGAGGUAAGGCUCCUAUUAAGAUAUCAUAUUUGUGACACACAGUAACUCCUUAACCGUGGCCACCAACCACAAUUAAUUUCAAUACUUUUUCUGUAAAGAGCAUGAUUUCUUUCUCAUUUAGGUAUAAGGUUUCUAAUUUAUGGCUAAAUUUCUAAGUGCAUAAUUAAUGCGUCCUAAUUGUUUUUAUGAAACCUUCUUUCGUAGUCACAAAGCUUUAGACAAGUACAACAUCUGUGCAAAAAAUCAAUACCCUCCGACCUUACAUCGCGAAGUUACAGCGAUUUGAACAACUGGCCUUCACAGACAACCCCGGACAAAACUGUUGAGACAAUUCCAUCUAUUUUCUAACUUUUGCGCCCUACUCCCGUCUCCCCUAAACACAAAAAGUAAACCCCCUCCCCACCCCCUAUUCAAAGUUGCCUUGGUCUAAAAACCAACGUGUAUAAUUGCCAUGCUAUCCUAAACAACUUUGGAUAAGGGGAGGGGGGAAAUCGGGCAUUCAUUUGGCGGCGGUUUCAGUUUUUGCCGGGAUGACAGGAAAAAAUAGGCAUUUUCGCGAUUUGUCUCAACAGGUUUUGUCCGGGGUUGUAGCUAAAUGAUCCUGUUCGGGUCAUAUAUGUAACUGGCAAAGUGGGUUUAGCUUUAACUUUAAUGAGCCACCUGCAGGCUAUCACUCUCCAUUCAAUUUUGUAGAAUCUACUAGCAAAAUACAGUAAUACCAGACACAACUUGUAUGAGUAGGGCAUCUGAGCAGUUUUUUUUGUCACCAGGCAUUAGAUGCUCUUAAGGAAGCAGCAAGUAUUAACCAAGAGGAAGACAAACAAGAGCCAGAGAGGUGUCGGACCUUUGAGGUAACUGUAAUCCACUGUACAUGGAUGGGAAUGUACCUUGUUGUGUGUCAUCUAUUUCUUCUUCACUUGCUUUCAUGCCCAAUGUAAAUGGUCUUCAGGAACCAUUCUGUUUUUGUUCCAGUCCCACCUGAUCUGUACUCCACCCAGGAGGGCCGCCUCCUGGUUCCCCUUCAUUCCUAGUUUCUAGGGGAUAUGGACUUCACCCCCUGCAGACUGAGCAGGGCUCCUGUCCAAGGUGGCUACCCCCAGUACCACUCGAUCUUGUUUCCCCCUCGGGUGCAGGGCGUCUCUCCUGGUCCACUUACCCCUAGAUUUAAGUGCUUACCUGCCACCAAUAUUUUGCCCAUUACUUUCUUUUGAGUUUUCCACUGGGUAUACAACACAGAACUGCAAUGCAAAACCAUCCACCAAUUGAAAGAGUUUAUUAAGAAGUACAGUAUUCACGUAAUCAAAAAGUCUGGAAACACAUCCCCCUCCAGAGUCUUCUGACCCGGCCUUUCUCUGGAUCUUCAACUGCUCAUGAGAACUAGACCAGAGAGCAUAUCACUCCUGUCCUACAGUCUUUAAGUAGGCUACAUACUUGUGGAGCAGAGGAUAAUUUUCAAACUUCUUCUUUUCCUUUAUAAAUUUGUUAACAGUAGUCUCAUACCACAAUAUCUAAUUAUUCUGUUAACACCUUAUGCUCCAACAAAGUCACAGAACAACUGGAGAACUGACAAUUUGACAAUAGACGACUGUUUAACUGUGACAAUAGAUGGAUCGAAAUGCACCAAUUACUGAUUACGAGUCUUCAUAGUCAAUAACAUCACGGUUUAAUUGACAGACGACCAAUAACAUCACGACAUAAUGGGCUAAUCAGAUCAAUAACCAGAGUAUAAUACCAUCAACUGAUGUGAUACAACUCACUUUGACUCUGAAGAUGACUACUUCACAGGUUGUCGAAACGUCAGUCACUGUCAACAACAACAGUCCUAUUCAGGACUACGUUCAGCUGGACGAUCAAACUCAAACUACUUUUGAAAUGACUCCUGGGUUCAAACCUUUCACAAAGUCACUUAGAUUAGCCUCUAAAAACCUUCUCAGUAUUCCUAGAUCUAACCUUAGUACAUAUGGAGAUGGAGCCUUUUUAACUGCCGUACCACAGUUGUGGAAUUAACCACCAAGUCCUAUCCAAAACUCAAGUGCUGUUGCAUCAUUCAAGUCUUUUGUCUAAUUUUUCUUUCUUUUUCAAACAGGCAUUUUGUUAGUUGCCUGUUAUGGACCAUAGAACAAGUUUUGUUUUAUUUCAUCUUUAUUUUUUCUCUCUCUUUUAUAUUAUUAUGGCAGUACAAACAUCUGGAUGCCCAGAGUAAUAUUAUUAUUAUUAUUAUUAAAUUCAGAUAAAUAUAGAUAAUUUCAUGUACAUUAAUUUUGAUAUUAGUACCAUUUAAAUUAGUAACAUUUUAGACAUUUUUGUAAAUGCAUUGAGGCGUAUGCAAAAUGCAUAUUAAGAACCGCUAUUGUUAUUAUUAUUAUUAUUAUUAUUAUUAUUAUUGUUAAACUGUAUUAAGGUUUUAACUCUUGUUGUUCCUGUACUCAGGUGAUGACUCAGAGAAUGGCUACUUCCAGCUUCAAAAAUAGAUUGUUUAUCUCAGUUAACUAUGUUGAAGGUAAACCUAAAACUGAUUACAAUUCUUACCUCAAAGCUUUGAUCAUGGCUAUCAAACAAGCUUAUUUUCAGAAGUACCAAUAUUUUACAAACUUUGUACGCAUUCAGUUUUUACAAGACAAUUAAAGAAAGCUGAGGUCACAAGGAAGAUUUCAUGUUCAGUGACUAAUCUCUUAACAUUUUCCCGCCAGUUACAUAUUUUAGCACCUUUUGCUGCCUCCCCAAACUGAUUUGUUGUAAACCAUGGACUCUUGUGUAUUCAAAAAGAAAUUGCAAUGCAAGGUUUCGGAGUUAAGUCAAAUGAGAUGAUAAUUGUUCGCUGCUACUUUUGAGUUGAAGUGGCCCUUGCAGCAUGUUUGUGUCAGACGAGCAAAUUUCACCUCCAAGCCUCAUUUUGAAAUUGUCAAGUUGCAAAGUUUUGCAUGCAUUCCCAAGGCAGUAGAGUUGAAUAGAAUAGGAUAACCAAGCACAACAAGUGCAAACGCAAAGAAUUGUUCUUUGAGAUGAGGCGAGGUGAAAUUUGCUUGUAUGAUGUAAUCAUGCAUAAGGGCCAUUUACCUUUAACCCUUUAAGCCCUAAGAGUGAUCAGCAUGAAUUUUCUCUUUAUAAUAUCAAUGCUUUAGAAAACAGAGUGGUCAUGAGACUUGAGUACAUGAUCAGGGAAGAUGUGUCUAAUUGAUAUUUUAACAAAUUCUCCCCACUACGUCUAUUGAAAAAGUAUAGGGACAGUAAAUGAGAAUCUCAAUUUCAAUAUUAGGGUUUAAAGGGUUAAAUUAAAAAGGCUUUUAGUUUAAAAAAUUGACCAUCAAUACUGAGUACUUCAUGUUCACUAAAUGCCAACAGCAAAAAAAAUAGGUAAACUUAUUUCAAGGGAUCCUAGUUUUAUUUAAUAACAUCACUUUAGUUAAUUCUUUAAUUUAUAAAUGGGUUUCCAACUAAAGACACAACAACACCUUUUUCACAACAAAUACAAUUUAUGUUUAUUUUUUUUGUAAACGUUGUAAACCUUAAUUAAAUCGUUGAAAUUAAAGAAUUAUACUGCACGACAAAACAGGAAGAGGGUAAAUUACAAUCAAAGUUUACUCGAUGACCGCCAUCAUGGAUUGGAGCUUUCCAGGUCAGCUGACUGCCACAGCUGUUUCGUGUAUCCCUCAUGAUAGUGUAUACAUGCCAGGACCACGUGCAGGAAAGUCUGAAAAUUGCUUUUUUCAUUGUGAUGCUUGACUCCAAAUAUUCCAAAAUGACUCCAAAAUUUGUGAAGCAGAAGUCACACUGACUCCACUCAUCAAUAAAAAUUUGCAAACCGUGUUAGAGCAGAGCUGCAAAUAACAGUCAGUCCAACUAAAAUGUCCCCCACCCAAUGAAAUCCUACCUGGAGUUAGACAUGAUGACCAGACAGAUCAAACGAAUUAUUACCAAAGACUAUCAUUUUGCAGCUGAAAAACAGGUGCAUAGUAUGUAAAGAAAGAUACAGUCAAACCUCCUUUAAAUGAUCACCAAAAAUGCAGAGAUUUAGGUUACUUACUGGAGGUGGUUGCUCAUGACAAUCCAACCACAGGGGGUCUCAUCUGAGAAGAGUUCCCAACAUGUCUACUCUUUGGCAGAGAAUUCACUGUAUGCAAUUUCUAAGUUAUGCUUACCUGUAUGUUAUGGGUCAAAAUGAAAUUCAGGGUAAAAUUUUUUAUAAACCUUUGUUGAUUUUCCUUUUCCUUUGUCUCCAAGCCCUAAUUCGUGAAUAAUUAAGGCUAGGAGAAAAACGAAAAUGAGAAUCCACCUAGGUUAAGAUUUUUGACCUGUAACAUAUACGUGUUUUAUAAUAUUUGCACCCCAUACCCUUUGUCCUGUUACGGGGUACUAUGUUAUGGGAGGAAACUUCAACUACCAGGACAAUAUAGGCAUGCUGAAUAAUUGGGGUAUGCGACGUCAACCUCCACCAGGUUAUAUUGUAGGUGGGAGGGGCAAAGCUUUGAAGUCACUUCCACUGAAGUCUGCUAACCUGGCCCAGAGGUGGGCAAAAACCAAGCUAUUCUAAGCAAAGGCUGUAAUGCAUCAUGCCAAUAGUACGCAGGCCCAACAUGAUGGAAUUUAAAGGAGUUUCUUAUUUCCUGUGUCAUGGGCAAAUUGUGUAUGAAGUGAGAAUAGUUUCAUUUUGACCUGUAACAUAUACAAAGAACUUUCAUGAUGGCCCGACGGGCAAGUGAUGUUUUUUGAGGAAUUCAAAUAACAGAAGAACUGUGAAAUCAAUUCUGCUCGUCAAAAAGCUUUUGGGGCUAGUUGAAAUGAUGUCUGGGCUAGUAAAUGCUAGCAUCAGCUUGCCCAAAUGGCAAGCUGUAAAAAUGAAUUUCUUUGCACUCUGCAGAGGUUAAAAACAAUUGUAAAUUAUGAAGCCAUCAGGCCAAAAAAAGUGGUCAAGGUAGCUGAUGGGAGGUAGUCGCUAACAAGAGGUGGUCACACAUGGAGGUUAGACUAAUGUGUGUCUGACUUAAACAGUGACCUGGACAAACAUAAUUAUCUCCUUUCCUCAACGCAAGCCUGGUCAUGCAUACCCUCAUAGAGUGUGUGCCCGACCAGGCUUGGCCGUAUGUGCUUUAAAAAUUUGUUUAUUCAUUCAUUCCAUGUGCGACCACUUGGCUCAUCUCAGUUGCACCCAAAAAAAUUUGGGUGUUCACCAAACAGCAAGUUUGACUUGAUCCUAGUAGCUGCCAACUCCACUGUAUGUGUUUGCUUCAGUCUAGAUUUUAAGCUUUUUGUACAGAUCUGACUUAAAAUUUCUACUAAUUUUUUGGUCACCAGUCUGACUCCAGUUGUUCAAAAGCUGGAGAGCGCUAUCCACUGGGUAAAUAACUAUCCAGCAGAUAAGUGUUUAGGGAAACCAGUCGCACUAUUCAGUGGAUAGAGAUUUAUUUGGUGUGUAGCAUUAUCCACUCUUUGAACAACUGGGGCCAGAGCAAUUAACUUGGUCAACAAGCAAGUCUGUAAUUUUUUUUGUCCAUUCUAGAUGACGAAGACGAUAGAACAGCUGAAACAUUGGCUCAGUCACAGAGGUGCAGUACCUGUGGAGAGUUAACCCUUUAAGUGCCAAUAGUGACCAAGAUCAAUUUUUUCCUAACAAUAUCCAUACACUGUCAAGAGAUAAGUUAUGAGAAUUAAUAAAAUGAUCACGUGAGAAAAAAUGCCCUGAUCUUUCAUCAAGUUCUCUCAACUGAUUCCUUAAGGAAAUGUAUGGAGAUCAGUUUGGAGAAUUUGUAUGUGGAUAUAUACUGGGGCUUAAAGAGUUAACUCCUUGACCAGAAGGAGGCGUGAAUGAUGAUGUAACAUUAGAUUUUGAUAUUUUUCACUGACUUUAUAUUUUGCUUCAAUACUAUUUACAGCCUUGCAGAUAAGAGCUUUCAUACAGCCCUUGGUGUAUACCUUGGGGAUGGGCUUAAAAAUGACAUGAUCACAGCAGUUAAUGGUGGAGCAGUGUUAGAUGGAAUGCAAACUCUCCUUGCUACAACGUCACUCAACCUCAUAACGUAAGAUAAACAUACAAGCUCCCUGCACAUGCCCUUGGAACUCUUCAAAUUACUUUGUCAACUUAAAAAAUUAUUAUCCUUUACUACUCAAUGACCCCUUCAAGGUUACCUUAAAGUACUCUUUAGUACCAAAAGUACUCUAAAAGUUAAUAAUACAUAUGAAUUAAUGACAAAAUAAUUUAUUACCUAUUUUGUGUAAUCUUUAGGGAACUUCAGUCGUUUUUAUCAAGAGUCAACAUUCUUCAGUGUGUUUUUAGUAUGGGAGGACAGAAUAAACUGGUAUGUUUUUGUUAUGCCGUCAGUAAUGCAAAAAUAUAGAACUUUAAUAAUUAAAUGCAGUUGUAGCCCUUGAUAGGAAAUAGAAAAGAGAGGAAUCAAGGAAAAGGGAUCUGAUAGGAAUAAAUUUGGAAGAGGAUUAGGUAUUAAAUUGGGUGUGGGAAUGACAAUGAGUGUAAUAAUUGUGUAAAAUCCUUCCUCAGGUUGAACCAGUAUUCAGCCUUGUUUGAUUCAGAAUUUAGUUUGUUUCCUAGCCUUAAUUAUUCAUAUUCUAGUGAGGUGUAGCUCCAGAAAAUAUCCAAAAUAUCCACGGAGGGAAUUCAAAGAAGGCAGACUGCAAAUUAUAGUAGUUGCUAAAAAAUAUAUCUACGAGUCCCAACUGUUCAUCAGUAGGAUGCCUAAAGUGCGUGCAAUUCCAUAAUAUUGGUUUUGGCUCCAUUAAACCCUAUACCAAUUGCAGAACAUUUUAGGAGAGCACCCACCCUGUGAGCACAUUCGCGGACAACACAUAUAAGUGAGGAAAAUAACUCAAAGCAAAACUAAGACGUUAUUUAACGAACUGAAUGUACACGCAACUUAAAUAAAUAAAUAAUGCACAUGCCCAAAAUUAAAUUGCGCGUGCACACGUACCAAGAUACAACUGAAAUAAAAAUCCAAGUAAGAAAUAAGCAAUGUAAGGAUACGAUGGUGCAAUUUAAGCCUGGAUUGCUAAUCUCAUCUCCCGCAGGGCUGCACCAUACUUGUCGACGAUAAGACCAUGGCGAUUGACGAAUUUAUGAUAUGAAUUCUGAAGUCGAUUGGUUUCAAAGCCUUGUUGUCUGAAUGUCACUUUGGAGCCCCCACCUUCCUGGAUUUUCCAAUGUUGCGGGGAUGACCCGCCGCCCCUCAAGAAUUUCCACAAGUGUGACAAAGACCCCCCAACCUUGUUUGUUUCAGAAUUUAGCUUUUUUCCCUGCCCCAAUUAUUCAUAGAAGACUUUUUCUAGUAAUUACCAAAGGUUACUGAGUGCAGGCGACAUGGAUUGAAGGUCAAAACACGUGAUUAGAUUACAAGAGACAUACUUUAGAAGGUCCAAACACACAUCAGAUCAGAUUGCAUUCUGUACAUCCCAUCCCAUUCUCAUUCCCCAAUUGAAGCUAGCUAUGUUUGGCUGUGCAUCGCCAUAUGCAAUGGCAACCUGCUGCCGAUGAUGAUUGCGGACUCCUCUUGUCCCCUGCUAGAAAGGAAAUCCUUGUUUAACCUGAGAACAGAUUUUACCUACUGCACAAAAGAACUUGGGGACACUAUAUCUGCAAUGGCAAAAAAAACGAAAUGGGUACUUUUUUUAAGAUCACCCCCCCCCCCACCUUAUCUCAGGGUUUGGAUGGCCAGAUAAAUGAAACAUGUAUGUAUGUACGUGUAUGUAUGUACAUGUAUGUAUGUAUGACUGCCCCCCUGCUAUGUAAAGGUCUGGAUUCGUCACUGUAUAAAUGAGGGUGGGAUUGGAAUACAAGACACUACAAGUGGUAUGUGGAUAUGGGAAUGUGAAUGGACGAGUAAUAAUAUGCAAGUCCUUUAUAAAUGUGGACUCACACUGCAUGUUCUGCAUAUGUUAUUAUCAUCAUCAACCUACUGUAUUCUCCUUUCUCCUGGUAAUAAUACAAUUUUAAAGUUUCUUUCUGUUGUAUUUUUUAGAAAUGUGCACUUCCAGAUCAUUCCAGUGAGGUAGGCAUAUUGUAUUAUGUUAGUUCAGUUGUAGCUAAUUAUUUGUUUAAUUAUUAAUUUGCUGUAAAAUAUAUUGCUUGGUGACUGAUCAUUCUAGUUCAUGUAGACUAUAUUUUAUGGUAGGUCUGUAAUUAACAGUAUUUUAAUACCUCCAGGUAGCUUGAAAAAUUCCCCUUUAGUUUUCUGGCUGGGCAGGUUAAUCUUUUGAUUUUAACAUGCCCAGUUGGCAAGAAUUCUUGUAAUUAUAAAAAAAUUAACUAAGAGAAGCAAGCAGUGGCCCUUAUGGAGGCAGUGUGGCCAAGUGUCCAGCGCAUGGGACUUGCAAUCCUCAAUCACUCUGGCCACUUGCUGGAUUCAUUGUCAGUUGUCCCAAGUUCAAACCCUUGACCACACUUAUAAAUAGCCAAUUGGUUGUCUCCUUGCCAGUUGGGGUUUUUAAUCCUGUUAUGUUCUAUUUGGAUUAUUUGUUUCUUUAGAUAUACCAUUUGAGCGGAGAGCCCUGUAAACAAACUUAAUUAGUAAAACUAGUGACCCCUCCCCUCCCACCCCAAACAAAGUUUAAUUUUGAGCAUCAUGGGUGGAAAUGAGUCUUUUUUUAGCUAACAUUGCUGAGGGGAGUAGGGACAAAGGGAUGAACCCAAAGCCGAUCAAAAAAUUGUCGUAAGGAGCAGAGUCCUAUGUAAAAAUUACUUGCAAGGGUUUUUCACGCCGUUCCAAGUUCUUUUGGCCUCCAUUGUAGGCAAGCAAUAUGUGAGAGCCGCUUAUCCAAAGCUUCAAUUCAAGUCUUUUUCGCGCCCUGAGGUCCAUCUUGUUUACUGUUUCAAUGUGUUUUCUUACAGGAGGAACCCAGUUUUAAGCUAUUGAUGGAUCUUCUGGCUGAGAGCAUAGCUGGAGCCAAGUCUCUUCAAACUCAGGUUGAUCAAGAGACACAAUUAUUUUGUUCCAUCGGGGUUGUGCUCUAGCAGAGCCUGGUGGCCCCUGGCGCAUAACUUUUGCCGUCGGGCGACUAGGAAAUCUCAGAUUUUUCACACAAAUCAUAUGCUGGGCACCCUAGAUUUCACAGUUUCAGAGCACUGGGCUCCCUUCAAUUUUCCAUGUUCUUCAUUGCCACAGAUAUAGAACCUUGCAGUAGUGGAUCCAGACCUUGGGAUAAGGGAGGGAGGGGAGGGGGUUUUUGGUGGACUGUGGGUUGAGUGAAUAGGUUUUCUUAUUUUAAACAUUCAAAUUCAUGUAUUAUUAGGUCCUGGUCUUUACAGCCUUGAUGCUGCCUUAGACAAGGCAUUUUGAUUUUUAUAGUGAGCUUAAUAAAUCUUAGUUUGUUUUUCUGAUGAACAAACUUUUCAUAUAUUUGCAGUGGCAAAUACAAGGGAAGGCCCUUGGGAUCAAUUAAAGUUUCUGGGAAACUGCCCACCUACCCCUCCCCUAAGCUAACAUUAACACUUACUUCUCACUUAGGGCAAAAUGAUGGCUUAGGGAAGGGGUAGGUGGGUAGUUUCCCAGAAACCUAAAUUGAUCCGGCCCUUGGGGGUUGCAUUCCUGUCCAAUAUAAUUUUUCAAGACCACCACCCUACUAUUAUGUGUGUACCCCCUAUCCUCAACACUGGAUCUACCACUUAUUAGCCUGUGCCACAGAGGAAACCAAGCUUUGGUUAUGUCUAUCAGCAAAACAGUACUGAAAUCCUGGCUUGUUCUGAGCCUCUGCCUGUGUACCAGGCUUUGAGUACGCGCCAUGAUUAGCAUGUUAAAAAAGCCAUUGUCAAUUUGCCAGUCUGGUUGAAAGGAAAAUUGAAACGCAAUGGUGAGUUCCAGAACAAGGAUAUUGACACUGCUUUGCAGGCAUUACUAACUGGGGUUAGACUACGUCCGCGACACAGGUUAGCACUAAUCUCUCCUGCAUGUACAUGAAUACCCUGUGAUGGACUAGCAAACCUAAUAGGAAUGCUAGCUAAAUGAUCCUGUUCAGGUCAUAUAGAUAACUGGCAAAGUGGGUUUAGCUUUAACUUUAAUGAGCCACCUGCAGGCUAUCACUCUCCAUACAAUUUUGUAGAAUCUACUAGCAAAAUACAAUAAUACCAGACACAACUUGUAUGAGUAGGGCAUCUGAGCAGUUCUUUUUGUCACCAGGCAUUAGAUGCUCUUAAGGAAGUGGCAAGCAUUAACCAAGAGGAAGACAAACAAGAGCCAGAGAGGUGUCGGACCUUUGAGGUAACUGUAAUCCACUGUACAUGGAUGGGAAUGUACCUUGUUGUGUGUCAUGUAUUUCUUCUUCACUUGCUUUCAUGCGCAAUGGAAAUGGUCUUCGGGAACCAUUCUGUUUUUGUUCCAGUCCCACCUGAUCUGUACUCCACCCAGGAGGGCCCCCUCCUGGUUCCCCUUCAUUCCUAGUUUCUAGGGGAUAUGGACUUCACCCCUUGGAGACAUGAGCAGGACUCCUGUCCAAGGUGGCUACCCCCAGUACCACUCGAUCUUGUCUCCCCCCGGGAGGCAGGGCGUCUCUCCUGGUCCACUUACCCCUAGAUUUUUAGUGCUUACCUGCCACCAAUAUUUUGCCCAUUACUUUCUUUUGAGUUUUCCACUGGGUAUACAACACAGAACUACAAUGCAAACCCAUCCACCAAUUGAGAGAGUUUAUUAAGAAGUACAGUAUUCUCGUAAUCAAAAAGUCUGGAAACACAUCCCCCUCCAGAGUCUUCUGACCCUUUCUCUGGAUCUUCAACUGCUCAUGAGAACUAGACCAGAGAGCAUAUCACUCCUGUCCUACAGUCUUUAAGUAGGUUACAUACUUGUGGAGCAGAGGAUAAUUUUCAAACUUCUUCUUUUCCUUUAUACUCUUACCACAAUAUCUAACUAUUCUGUUAACGCCUUAUGCUCCAACAAAGUCACAGAAUGACUGGAGAACUGACAAUUUGACAAUAGACAACUGUUUAACUGUGACAAUAGAUGGAUCGAAAUGCACCAAUUACUGAUUACGAGUCUUCAUAGUCAAUAACAUCAUGGUUUAAUUGACAGACGACCGAUAACAUCACAACAUAAUGGGCUAAUCAGAUCAAUAACCAGAGUAUAAUACCAUCAACUGAUGUGAUACAACUCACUUUGACUCUGAAGAUGACUACUUCACAGGUUGUCGAAACGUCAGUCACUGUCAACAACAACAGUCCUAUUCAGGACUACGUUCACCCGGACGAUCAAACUCAACCUACUUUUGAAAUGACUCCUGGGUUCAAACCUUUCACAAAGUCACUUAGAUUAGCCUCUAAAAACCCUCUCAGUAUUCCUAGAUCUAACCUUAGUACAUAUGGAGAUGGAGCCUUUUUAACUGCCGCACCACAGUUGUGGAAUUACCCACCAAGUCCUAUCCAAAACUCGAGUUCUGUUGCAUCAUUCAAGUCUUAUGUCUAAUUUGUCUUUCCUUUUCAAACAGGCAUUUUGUUAGUUGCCUGUUAUGGACCAUACAACAAAUUUUAUUUUAUUUUAUCUUUAUUUUUCUCUCUCUUUUGUAUUAUUAUGGCAGUACAAACAUCUGGAUGCCCAUUUAUUAUUAUUAUUAUUAAAUUCAGAUAAAUAUAGAUAAUUUCAUGUACAUUUGAUAUUAGUACCAUUUAAAUUAGUAACAUUUUAGGCAUUUUGUAAAUGCAUUGAGGCGUAUACAAAAUGCAUAUUAAGAACCGCUAUUAUUAUUAUUAUUAUUAUUAUUAUUAUUAUUAAACUGUAUUAAGGUUUUAACUCUUGUUGUUCCUAUACUCAGGUGAUGACUCAGGGAAUGGCUACUUCCAGCUUCAAAAAUAGAUUGUUUAUCUCAGUUAACUAUGUUGAAGGUAAAAAUAAAACUGAUUACAAUUCUUACCUCAAAGCUUUGAUCAUGGCUAUCAAACAAGCUUAUUUUCAGAAGUACCAAUAUUUUACAAACUUUGUACGCAUUCAGUUUUUACAAGACAAUUAAAGAAAGCUGAGGUCACAAGGAAGAUUUCAUGUUCAGUGACUAAUCUCUUAACAUUUUCCCGCCAGUUACAUAUUUUAGCACCUUUUGCUGCCUCCCCAAACUGAUUUGUUGUAAACCAUGGACUCUUGUGUAUUCAAAAAGAAAUUGCAAUGCAAGGUUUCGGAGUUAAGUCAAAUGAGAUGAUAAUUGUUCGCUGCUCCUUUUGAGUUGAAGUGGCCCUUGCAGCAUGUUUGUGUCAGACGAGCAAAUUUCACCUCCAAGCCUCAUUUUGAAAUUGUCAAGUUGCAAAGUUUUGCAUGCAUUCCCAAGGCAGUAGAGUUGAAUAGAAUAGGAUAACCAAGCACAACAAGUGCAAACGCAAAGAAUUGUUCUUUGAGAUGAGGCGAGGUGAAAUUUGCUUGUAUGAUGUAAUCAUGCAUAAGGGCCAUUUACCUUUAACCCUUUAAGCCCUAAGAGUGAUCAGCAUGAAUUUUCUCUUUAUAAUAUCAAUGCUUUAGAAAACAGAGUGGUCAUGAGACUUGAGUACAUGAUCAGGGAAGAUGUGUCUAAUUGAUAUUUUAACAAAUUCUCCCCACUACGUCUAUUGAAAAAGUAUAGGGACAGUAAAUGAGAAUCUCAAUUUCAAUAUUAGGGUUUAAAGGGUUAAAUUAAAAAGGCUUUUAGUUUAAAAAAUUGACCAUCAAUACUGAGUACUUCAUGUUCACUAAAUGCCAACAGCAAAAAAAAUAGGUAAACUUAUUUCAAGGGAUCCUAAUUUUAUUUAAUAACAUCACUUUAGUUAAUUCUUUAAUUUAUAAAUGGGUUUCCAACUAAAGACAACAUUACUGAAAUAUCAAACAGGAAUUUCAAUGGAAACAAGUUUUAAGUUUGACACUGAAUAUAGAAAAUGAGUUCUUAAGCAAGAGUUUGUUUGAAAUUGAAGUUUUCAGCCUAGAGGUGUGAGAGUUGCCAGCUGUUUGAAUGAAUUAAUAUAAUAAUAUUUUUUAUCAGGAAAGAUCUCAUUUCUGAAGAAUUUAAAUGAAGCUUUAGAUGUCAAGAAUACUUCAGAUCAAAGCAAAAGUGAGUAUUGUGAAUUUGUCAGCAAGUAUUUGGAAAAUAUUUAUUAUAAGUUUAAGCACAUACACAUCAUCAUCAUCAUUAUCAUCCUUCAAACAGCAGACACCAGAGUGAACUUGACAUUCAUGGAUAUUUUCUUCCCGAACACCACGAUUCAUCUUUUGUAACUGGUUUACGGUAACAAGAGACUAAGGCUUGCGUUUAACACAGUUGAUGAGGCAUAUCAUAUACUUACAGUUAGAUUAGCUAUUACAGUUGACUCCCAAUAACUCAAAAAAGGCUCGAGUUAGCAGACGUCCCAGUUAUCAGGAGACAAAUUACCAGAAAUAAGAAAAUGGGAUGGGGAAGGAUUGCAAGUAACAUGCACGCUUAAAAACUUGAAAAAUACACAGUGCUGGACACUGUAUCUAAACUGGACUGACAAAAAAGUAAAAACAAAGAAUACAUGGUUGUUAAAAUAAUUUCAGCGUUUCGGACUGCAGGACACUGUUAUUAGAUUUGUCAGUCGCUCUUAUGCAAACCAUGUUUUAAAAAGCAUGGUUGGAAUUAUCAAGGGUAAAUGUAUUUAUAGAAAUGAUCUGAAGGGAAACAAAAAUUAUUACUUUGAUUUAGUGGGAAGUUCGAGUUACUGAGGGUGCGAUUAUAGUAAUUAUAUGAAGGAAAUCCAGGGGAAAUCGAUUUUGGUUCAAGUUAGUGAUGGUUCAAGUUAUCGGGAGUUGACUGUAAUUUUAGUUUUGUUUCUUUUCUUCUAGUUGUUCAGUUAGUUAAAUCAAAGGAUAACAUAAAACGAUUACGACUGAAGAUGGAGUCAAAGACUGCCAUGGAUUUUGAGUUUGAUGAUGGCAAGGUAAGAUAAAACUUUUUAAUGAUUUUUUUUUUCCUGCUUUAAAAAUUGGGCCAGUAUUAAGCAAAAAAUAUCUAGUCGUUUUUACAAAUUUGACGAACAAUGCUGUAUACAGUUAGCUUAGCACCAAAGUCUACUUAGUCUUUGGUCAAUUUCAUCGUUACAACUUUUACAAUUACUGUAAUCAUUGUUUUAGAUUUUGGGUCAAUUUAAUCAAACUGUUACAAAUUGUUUAUUUUAUAAGCGUAGCUUUGAUUAUUUUUAAACCUUGUAAUUUACGUUUUAUGAAAUUGGCCCCUGAAAACAAAACCUACACUUGUAAAUUACACUUGAAAAAUUUUUAAAGUGACCCCUGUUAAUAUUUUGAGGUAUGAUUGUAGUAAAAACAGGGAAGAGUAAGAAUUCCUUGAUGUAACAUGGGUCCAAGUGUCACAGACUUUAAAUCAGAAGGUUGUUUUCAGUGAUUUUGUUACAAAUAGUUAUAGUGAGUCCUGGGACUCAUCUUUCAAAAAUCUUGAUUCCUAGUCCAGAACCAUUGAGUCCCAGUUCAAAAAACAGUGAGUCCUUAACUGAAUUUUUUGGGCCUUUAUGUAACCUUUCAGACAAUUAAUCUGAAAAUAGACGCCAAAACUCUGUAUUACAGUUUACCAGAAUAAAAAACUCCUUCUAUCAUAAAGUACAAGAACAGCAACAGAGAUCACACGAACAGGAUAUUCCACAAAAACAUCUGCAGAUCGUUCGAUCGAUCGACCUUUGCGUCCCACAGGAUACAUGUGGGAACUAAAAAGUGGUGAUAAUUCCUUCACAAAACCCGCAGAAAUGUGUGAGAUUUUAAAUGACCAUUUUACAUCUGUUGGUCCACACUGCCUAGUGGAAAUACAAGUUUUGACUCUUACAUAAAGCCUGUUUCCACGACUUUUAAUUUACAACAUACCUCUGCCACUGAAGUUUUAAAGUUAUUAGGUAAAUUAUCUCCGCACAAGGCCACUGGCCUUGAUAACAUCUCAUGUUGGCUUCUAAAAGAAGCUGGCCCAAUUAUUGCCACUUCUUUAAGCUUAAAUGUCACUAAAACGGAGUAUAUGUUCUUAACAACUACCUUCAAAUUAUCUAACUUAGGAAGAGACUUUCCAAUUAAGAUUGGCAACAAUCAUGUUAAACGAGUCCAAACAACAAAAUAUUUAGGAAUUCACUUAGAUGAAAAUCUUAAAUGGAACGAGCAUGUUGACAAACUUUGUUCAAAAGUCAAUCGAUCCAUCAGUGGUCUAAAACAGGCACGUGAUUAUGUACCAUUAGAUGUUCUAAAUACUAUUUACAAAUCUCUUAUCCAGCCUGUGUUCGACUACUGCGACGUUGUUUGGGACAAUUUAGACCAGGGACUUGCCACUAGGAUCCAGAAAUUACAAAAUCGUGCUGCACGCAUAAUAACCUUUCAAGGUUAUGACGUUCGUUCAGCACAAAUACGAAAACAACUAAACUGGGAAGAGCUUGCCUCAAGGCGUCAGAGGCACUUAAGUCUAUUAAUGUAUGAUACAGUGAAUGGAAAUAUACCUAGUUACUUAAGCGAUCUUUUCUCGAAUGUCUGUGAGAACAAUCCUUAUAAGUCUAUGCUAAGAAAUGCGGAAUAUAAUGUUGUACUGGACCACGUUCCAAAAACAGAAUAUUAUAAGGGGUCUUUCUCAUGCAGAGGAGGAAUGCUGUGGAAUUCUUUACCAAAUGACAUAAAAGCGUCCGAAUCUAAAGCUAUCUUUAAAAGAAAACUGGCUAGUAGGCAGGCAAACUGUUGACUACAUUUUACUAUAUUUUAUUUUUUGUACAUAUUUUUAGUGUAGUUGUACAGUAUUUACUUCUGUUUCUAUACGGCUUUCAUGUAAAGAAGUUAUGUAACUUAUGAAAUUACCGUAUUCAAAUAAAAGUGAAUCAAUCAAUCAAUCAAUCAUGCCAUGAAUUAUUUUGCAUCUCAGGCACUGGACGCAGGGGUAACAAAAUCACUGCGUUUAGUUGUCCUACAUUUCUGUUCAUUUUAUCUAUUAUUUCUUCUGUCUUAGUCUCGUGACGUUUUUUGUCAACUUGUUCAACAAAUGAAGAACCAACAUUCAGAAAACACCAAGAAUCAAGCAUCAGUUUUUAUUGGGACAUGGAACAUGGGUAAAAUAUUUUGACUAGCAAACUGCAGCUUUGCCUUUAAAGGAGCUGUGUCAUGAAAAUAUUCAUCCAAAUUAGGAAUUACAAAAUGCCCGUUAAAUUAAGAGAAACAUAUAAAUAACCACUUAAAACAUUAAAGGAAGGUUAAAAUAACACAACAGAUACAACAGAUGCCAAGGAUGGGCAAAACUGAAGAAGAAUGAAACGGAUUGAAAUUCGGGUUCUUGAAAACUGUUCAGCCUAACAGUUUUUCAAAGUUUAUCUAUGCAGUUUGCAACUUCAAAAUAAUGCUCAGGAGACAUAUUUGUUUGUCGUGAAUCUUUGAUUUUGUCAUUAACAUGUAAUUUCUUUGCUUACUUUAAGUUCCACAGUGAUUGAGGGCGAGAAAUUGGCAAACUUAAACAAAAUGAACUGGACUGCCAUGACAUAGCCCCUUUAAGUAGUGGUAUGAGUUUCUCAGAAAAUAGAUUUUACAUCAUCAGUCAUAGUUGUGACUUUGAGAAUGGUGCAUCUCUCUGGCAAAAAUGGUUAUUAGUUUGAGCCACACCCACAAAAGUAGACCCUGGUACGCAGUACAUGUAAGCAGUAGAUUUCUAGCAAACUACCCACCUACCCCUCCCCUAACUCAACGUUGACAUCUGUUUCUCACUUGGGGCAAAAUGUUGGGUUGGGGUAGGGGAAGGUGGGGAGUUUCCCAAAAACCUAAAUUGAUCCAGAAUUUCUGAUGACCAAUUCCAUCAUUGUUGUACUAAAGAUUACCCCAAUGGAACUAGCUGGGUAUACUUACCAUCUACAAGGGUUUUAUUUGAGGCUGUGGGGUCAAACAUUUAGACCGGUUCCUUACCACGUCAUGUCUACUACUUUGUCACCAUAUUAUAUUUACAGAUUUCUUUUUCGUUAUUUAAGCAUUGCAUUGUGUUGUUUAGGAAGUUGCCACUACAGUCUCAAGAACAUUGGAAAGUGAAUUUCCAAGAUUUUGAUUUCAAUAAUUUUCUGAGGGUUGGAGGUUGGAGUUUAAUGCCCCCAGAUCCCCUAGGGACUCACAUCUUCGUCAUAGCCCUCAUAUUUUAAGAUGGGCUUGCUUGGCUGUUUAUACUGCACAACGCAGCUAGGAUGAGCCAUGUUUAAAAAUGCCCUUUACAGUGAUGUUUUGUGUAUUUUUAGGUUUUGCUAAUCCUCCUGCUGACCUUAGAUCCUGGUUUAAGUGCCAGGGUUCUGGUAAAACCAUGGAUAGCUCUUUGGCUGAAUUUCCUCAUGAUAUCUACGCAAUUGGCACACAGGUACAAUGUGGGAUGCAAAGUAAUAUUUUCAGAUUUUUUUAGUUUCUUUGAAAAACGAGAUAUGGAAAUUAUUAUUAAUGUACAUGCCAUCAUGCACCUGUGACUUGCAUUCCAUAGUGAUAACUCCUUUGUUAACAUAGUAAAAUUCAAAGUGCUAUAAUUUCCUGCAGAUCUCUAUCAGUGAGUGGCAUAGAUAAAGUAAACAGCUAGGUUGCAGAACACCUGGGCCCGGUUGCAUAAAACGCCCGUAACAACUACGGGUAUACGUACGUGCACUCGUAACUUAAGCGAGUUGCAUUAAAUCACUUACGUGGUCCACUUAGGGAAUUCACUUAAGUGGUUGCACUUACGAUUUUCGUAAGUGUUCAAGUAAGUGUCGUUUAUGCAACAGAAAUUGCGGGUGUUGCAUAAAACGUUUUUUACGGGAAAAAUAGCACGUAAAUUUACGGGACCUAUGUAGGUCCCGUAUAUCGUUACUGUUUUUACUAAAGUUAACGAGAUCUUUUACUGAGAGUGAAAAAAAGUAAUUUUUCCUCACGUAAUUCGUUCUAAUGUGCUUUGUUAACCUCUUAUGUACACUUUAAAGCCGACGCUGUGAAAAAAGAAGAAGAAUUAUCAUUUUCAGUAGACAUAGAAGAAAAAUAACGAUUGCAUGCAAAUUUCAUUUUUUUGAGUUGCAUAAAAGUGUUCGAAACGACUUAAAAAUUUUUUUACACUCUCCGAUGGUUAGCUUAAAAAAAGAGUCAGAGUCAUUAAUAAAGUACUAUGUCAAGGUUAAGUGUGCCCUUAAGUGAGCCCGUAAGUUACCACGUAAAACAGAAACUUACGAGAGUGCUAAGUGCCCGUAAGUGUACCCAUAACGGAUUCGUAAGUGACCUACUUAAGUGGGCACUUAAGUGUAGGUUUUAUGCAACCGGGCCCUGGCCCAUUAACUAUCUAACUUGAAAACUGCUCAUGUGGUCCAGCUGUCGUCUGAUUUUCAUAAUAAAUUCUGAAUUAAUUAGACUGCGGGAGUGUGCGAGUGCAGUGGCACUAGUAUACCCCGCUUUAUAAGCACACUAGUUACUUGACAUGGACUGCGGGAGCACUAAUUGUAUUUACAAAGAAAUUUACAAAGAAUGUAUGAGCUCAUUAACGUUUUGCCACCCAGUAAUUUUGCAGUUUUUAAUUGCUGGUAUUUUCUUUGUUUUACUGAUUGCAAAGAGCUGAAACUUUCACAAACUGCAUAAAUUAACCAGCUCUUUUAAUUUUUGAAUCUAAUUGGUAUACAGCUGUUUCCAGAAAGGUUGUCGGAAAAAGUGCACGCGACAAUCCUGAAAGGCAUUAUGGGUGGUUUUAAGUUCACUGUUCUUCAGCGAAAUUUGAAAGAAUUGGCACGAAAGGCCAUGAAAAUGUGUUUGCGAACGUUAACGGAACGGAACAAAAGUAGGUUCGACAGCUACAGUCGUCAGAAACAGUGUAUCGAUCAUAUCCCAUAUUACCUUUCUGGAUUGUCGCUUGCACAUUUUUUCCGACAACCUUUCUCGAAAUAGCUGUAUAUUGCUACAUGUUCUGUGGGUUAACUCGCAUGCUAAUGAGCAAAAAUGUAAACAAUGACGUCACGAUAAAUCUGCCUAUUAAACGGCCAGUAAUCAAAGUCCUAAAAUAAAUAUAGAAAAGGAAGGGAAAGUAAACCUCAAUUAACCCUUUAAGUCCCAGUAGUUACCAACAUCAAUUUUCUCCUAACAAUAUCCAUAGAUUGUCAAGUGCAACAUCUAUGAGAAUUAAUCAAAGAUCACAAAGAGAAACGUCUCUGAUCUUUUAUCAAUUUCUCCCAACUGUUUCUGUAAGGAAAUGUAUAGAGAUCAGUUUGGAGAAUUUGUUUAUGGAUAUUGGGGCUUAAAGGGUUAAGCAGCCGCGGCCACCUUUUGACCAUCCCAACAAGAGUUCUCCCAUUGUUGUCGCCUUUAUUAAGUGGUCAUUAAGCGCUUAUUUCACCUAGUUUGGCUUUAUUUCAAGAAUAUACUGAAGGAAAAUACAGUUCUUCAUAGAAGGUGACGACUGACUGUGGACUAGUAAUGAUGCUUCCGUUGCCGUUUGUUCGGAAUAUGCUGAUUUUUGGCGAACCUCUAUUAAGCGGCCACUUUCCGGUACCCCGACGGUGGCCACUUGAUAGAGGUGCAACUGUAGAUUAUUUUCCUUCCACUUAACUUGAAUCAAUCUCACUGUUCCAGGAGUGUCCAAUCGGUGAAAAGGACUGGAUUCUUAGAAUUAAGGAGCAGCUGAAAAUACUAUUUCGAAACAAGGAAUUCUAUUUGGUAUGUUGGACAUAAGAUUUUGUUGGUUAACAAAGUAUAAUUGUAAACGUUCAGUGUACAAGUCCAUGGCAAGAAUGGUUGUUUCCGUUUAAAUCUCUGUUAAAAAGCAACAGUUUUAUGUGAUCAAAAACUUGGAGCAUUUUAAAGUUGUUUUUAUUUCAGGGUAAAUGGUCAGGAAUUCACAGCAAAUGUUUAUAGAUCAGAGGGGCUGAAUUUCUCUGUUUACUGCUGUCUAAGGUGUAACCGGUCAAGUCGCCCGAAACCAGAGUGUAUAUAAUAUAUCUCGUUCUUUAAGCGAUGGUGAAACGAUACAAGCAGGACAAUUGUGUAAUAAAGUUGAAACGAAACGUUGAAAGUUAGGAGAGAAGAAGCUAACCUUUUUUUAAAAUGCAUUGUACUCACCUAGUGCUUUCUCAUUGGCUAAGAGCCUACAGUUAAUUUUGGGACUCAGCGCAACCUACAGAUUAGAUAUGUGCUCGCAGAUUAGUGACUAUCUGUAGGUUGCGCACACAAUACAUGAUUUUGAAGAGCGGUCAUUAAACUCGGUUUUUGUGUUUUCUGAAAUAGUCAAGGUUUCAGUAAGUGUUAUCAGCCUUAGUUUUGGGCUCGGCUGAUAACAAAGUUUCCCUCGACCUUGAUUAUUCCAGAUAUCACAAAAGCCUCAUCCAAUAAUUAUUUAAUAUUCUAUAGUAUUUCUUUAUUUUAGGUCAGCACCUGCUCAUUGUGGAGUAUUAGAUUAGUUGUCUUUGCCAAUCGAGAUCUGAAACACAUGAUAUCACAUGUUCAACAGUCUAGUGUCAAGACUGGAAUAGCCAAUGUUCUCGGUGAGUUUUCAACUUCUUUGGGAAUAACUUAAUUUUUUUUAAUGUUUAUGCAGUUGAGGCGAAUGAUGGGAAGACUCUUGCUUAGUCUCUGUACGGCGUUUUCCCAGGCCCUCCCGGUCAAUUCACUCCGGUGACGUAUCCGAGACGAACGGGCGGAAAACACAUCUUCGCUUGGAGCACGUGACCUGAAACGCUUUGGCCGCGCGAAAUAAUGAGGCCUAGGGACUAGGCAAGGAAGACUCAAGUCCGCCAAGCUGCUGUUCUUUUUUUCCUAAGUCUUUUUAAUGACUCGUCCCUUGUAUAGACCUUAUUCACGAUACCCGCCAUCUUUGCACGCGUUUUAAUUGAUAAAAACAAUGUCACGUGGUUUCUCAGGGGGCAAAUAAGUGAAAAAAUUGCCAAUGGAGGAAAUCGCGGUAUAGUUUGUUUAUUCUAGACAACAGGAAAUGAAGACCUUUUCAUCUUAAAGACGAUAAUGUCAAAAUAUAGGUGGAAGUGAUCAUCGUUACCUUUUUGUAUACAGUAGCGACCGUAAUGUCUUCAUGGCGAACAGUAAUGACAUAAAUCAAGCAAACAAGAGAAUGAAGUCGCCUCAAUAAUUCCACCCAGGUUAACAGACAAAAUGAAAAAAAUUAGCCAAAUCUCGGAACCAAGCAGACUGCAGGAUUUAGGGAAUUCCGUCCGUGUGCAAAUAAAGAAAAAGUAAUUGUAAAGCUUAACAUGUCUUAGUGUUGUAAUGGGAUACUAGUGAACUUACGCAACAGGACGGGAGAGGGAAGAAGACGGCAAACCUUGUGUGACAAGCGUGACAAUAAUUUUGUUUGAAAUAACUUUUCGCUAAAAUUCACUUUCCUUUAAACAGAUCUUUUUGUAAAAGACCAGAAAACAUUGAUGUUAAGUGAAGAUCACGACAAAACACGUAAGAAAUAGCCUUGUCACGUUUGUCACACACAAGCAUUUUGCUGUCCUCUUCUUCCUGCCGUCCUGUUGCGUAAACUCACUACUACCUCGUCAGUACGGCCAGUUGGUAAUGGAAGGCCUUAGAUAACGAUGACCUCAACCAGGCUGUGGUGUCCAGCAGUUUUAGUGAGAACAAGGGUUUGGUUGUGGUGCUCAGUCUCGCGGGCUCAUAAAACCUGGUCUCGGUCAUUGUUAUUGGAAGGAUUUUUGUUGGUAACGCCCUAGCCUGCAGGCACGCUUGCCAUUUUGAGUGGUUGGCAUGAUAUCCCCCAGAUAGAGAAUAUUGAUACUGUGAUUUCACUAAGAGGAACAAGGGAAGGUGCAGUGGUGAGGGAGCUCGCCUCCCACCAAUGUGGCCCAGGUUCAAAUCCCAGCGUCGACUCCAUAUGUGGGUUGAGUUUGUUGUCGGUUCUCUCCUUUGUUUCAAGAGGUUUUUCUCCGGCUACUCCGGUUUUCCCCUUUCCUCAAAAACCAGCAUUUACAAAUUCCACUUCGACCAAGAAUCAGGUAGACGAAGAAUCACUUUGUGGAUGUGCUACCUCCAAAUCAUUAUUUAUUUAUUAUUAUUUAUUUAUUUAAGACGAUUCCACUGUAUACCUAAGAUGUUCAUUAUGUCUUCUUCGAUUUCCAGGUAACAAGGGAGGAGUGGGCAUUUCUUUCUCUCUUGGACCACUGUCCCUGUGUUUUGUAAACUGUCAUCUUGCAGGAAGGGCAUCUGAGGCCAGAAAGUUAAGGUUCGUGUUUGGUACCCGCGUGGAAUAUUAUGUACCCAUAUAGGGGCUAAAUAGCUCAGCAGAGGCAGUAGCGACAAAAAAUAAUUGUCAUGACUGUCUUUUAGAUACCUGAAACACAACGAGUUUGGCAGCAGCACUGAAAUGAAGCCGGAACGGAUGAUGUCUUUUAAUAUAUUCGCUAUUAAAUUUUAAAAGACCUUGUGUUUAGUUAAAAGCCAUUCUCCGAGCCAUCAAAGUCUAUCUGAUCCUAACGGAAUUCUUCUCCAAUAAUUGUAGCAAUUUUAGCAUCGUGAGCCGUCAUUUUGAAUCAAGCAUGACUUCAUUCUGUGCAACGUGGAAUUGGCGAGAUGAUCAAGAGGCCAGAAAAUUUGAUGCUGUUGCCAUAUUUUCCGAUGAAAUUUGUAAAUGGAGGUGGCCAGUUAAAAAGGAUCGACUACCAACCAUACUUAACUUGCGAGCAAGCUUUCCAUGGCGCUCUUUUCGCCCUGCCGUCAGAGAGCCUCAACAGAGAGCUUGCUCGUAGGCCAAACAAUACCAAACAUUCCUGCUACUUGAGCAUCUCACGAAUUCCACGUAGGCUCGAUUAUCAGCCGCUGUUCGGGAAAUGAGCCCGCGCUACUCCCCCGGAAAUCGAGCACACAACUCUACCUUGCACAGACUGAUGUUUAAAACUGUGCAAUGAACUAGGCUUAAAUUUAAAACCAGAAAAGGUUAAUCACCAUAUCGUUUGUGUCAAUUGCAGGCGGAAUCAAAAUUUUCUUGAUAUUCUUAGUGGACUGACCCUUGGCCAGAAAGGUGUGUUUGGUAUCACACAUCAGUUCCAUCAUGUCUUCUGGUUUGGUGAUCUGAACUACAGAAUAGAUUUGGAUGUCAAGGUGAGGGCUGAGAGUAUAAUCUGUGGCUCAAUAUCCACAUACAAAUUCCUCAAAGAAUUAGUUGCGAGAAUUUGAUAAAAUAUCUAAGCAUUUUUUAAACAGAUCCAUCCUCGGAGACCCAGGGGCAGGCACUAGAGAGCUUUCGAUUUGAGUAGGACAACGACUACGAGUUAAAGAUUUAACUUAAACUUUUUGCGCGUGUACAAAAAAAAAAAGACACCCCGGAAAGUUUCAUUUUACUUUUUUUAACCAAAAAAGUUAGCAUGGUUAUUUAUACCUGAAGGAGGUUGAGCCCUUUCCCAUUAGCAAAAUGAUAAAACUUCUUACAUUUGAUAAUACUUACAAUAGUGGACUCUAAAAUCCCUGAAAAAUGCAUGCCAGUUUAUACCUCUAAAAUGUAGCCUUGGCUAGCACGGGUACAAAGAGGAAUCCAAAAUCUGGAAAUAUUGAAGAGCAAGAGGAAUCUUAAAUGUGAAAUCCUUGAAGAGGGAGGAUUUCUGGAAUGACGGGUGGUCAAAGUGACAGAGAUACUUGUAGAUUCCUUGAGAAGUCAGGAAUGAGAAAAUUGUUAAAGAGAGAGAGACUAAUAGAAGAAUCUCGCUUGUGGAAUGCUUGUUUUGAAGACAUCUCCACCUUCGGUUUCAAUCUUCCAUAAGACAACGACUGUCUUUAUUGGAAACAAGCAACGUUAGAGAACAAACAAAAGCAGCUUGCGUUUUGAGUCAGAUGUUCAAUGACUAGAUCAGAUACCACUGUUAUUACAGUAGCAUACUUGAUGUCAAAGAUAUACAUUUAAGAAAUUCAAUUCAGUGUCACUGAUAUUUGUGAUCGAUUUAGGUUUCAGGGAAACUGCCCACCUACCCCUCCCCUAAGCCAAUAUUAUCACUUACUUCUCACUUAUGGCAAAAUGUUGACUUAGAGUAGGGGUUAGGUGGGCAGUUUCCCUGAAACUUAUAUUGAUCCGAUAUUUGUAUAGUUUCUUGGUGUUUUUGUUUAGGAAGUGCUGGCUAGUGUCAAGUGUCAGAACUUUAGCAAAAUGAAACUUCACGACCAGUUGAGGGUGGAGAAGGAUAAAGGGAAUGUUUUCCUUGGAUUCGGUAAGAUUUGUGAUUUUGUGCGUGUAAACCCAUCCUCGGAGACCUUGGUGCAGUCAGUGGGAUCGGGAGGAACAGCUACAUUCUUCCGCCCAUCCUUGAAAAGUGUUGUCGGCCCGUUUAUCCCAACCUGACUGACUUCCAGCCGCACCUCCUAGGACAUGUGAACCAGGCAUACUUGUCCAUUAUUUAUCGGCUAACUAAGCAAACAAUAAUGAAUAGCUAAAAAUGAAAGUCGCUGGAACAGACCAAAGAAAACAAUGGCAUAAACAACUUUAUUUCUCAUGCAGUUUCCUAACACAGGACCUUCUUUAUCGUGAUUGCAUCUUCCGAGUUCAAAAGAACGUUUACCUGGAAACAAGGCAUUGAGGGUCAAUUAUCAUAAAGACAAUAAUGACCUAAUUUGCUACCAAUUUAGGUGUAUUGGAAAUGCUUUGUUGGCUUUUUGUUUCCUGUGGUUAGGCUUUUAUUUGUACACUGAUAUUUGUAAUGACUGAGUAGUUAGCAAGGCUGACAUGGCACAUUCCGUUUUAAUUUUUUAGAGGAAGAAGUCAUUAACUUUCCACCAACAUACAGGUACAAACGAGGAGGUACCGAGUACAUCUCGGAGAAAGUCAAGAGAACCGGGGUAGGCAUGCUUUGUCUUUAUUACUUUUGGAAUAGAGUGUUUUCACAUGACGUCACAGCGGCCAUAUUGGUGUUCCAAAACAAUGAAACGGCGGCCAUAUUGGUAUUUCAAACAACUCCUAUGGGAGUUGAACUCUUUUCUUAUGUAAACCUUUUCUUUUGUUCCAAUAAAUUUACAUAGAUGCUGGCCACUGAGUGAAAACGCUCUAUAAGUUCUUGUGGCAAUUUAUAGCAUUUUUAUGUUUUUUUUCGUAAGUUGCGUUAAGUUUGCCUAGAAAUAAUGAGUUCAGUGCUUCUAAAGGUUUUUUGACGACAGUGGAAGUGGUGCUUAAUGAACUUAAAGAAUUUGCGAACUAAUGGCUCUUUACUUACUGAAUAGAUUCUUUUUAGGGAUUAAAAGUAAUGUUAUGUAUUUUGCAGGUGCUGACCAAUGUACCAUCGUGGUGCGACAGGGUACUUAGACAUUCUUUCCCACAGACCAAGAUCACUUCUACUUCAUAUGGUGAGUGCAUAUACUCCGCAGUCAAGACAUCCGGUAGUUAAGAUUCUAGAAACGUCCCAACAUUGAGUGACAAAUAGUGCAAUGUAAAAGCAUUGCUGAAGAGGGCCAUACCGUAGGAUUGCAUCCACAGACUUGAAAGUAACAACUACACAUACUAAAUCAACUGCACCAUGUGAAAGUACUGCUGAAAAGGUUUCAUUUGAUUGGUAAUACCACAUAAUUUUGCUCGCUGAUUCAAGAGAUUUAACUCAGUUGCAUGCCUUUAUGAAGUUGUCAGGGUGUCAAAUGAUAAACACCCUAAGGAUAUUUAAUGUUUCCCUAGCCUAGACGGGACAAACCCCUUUAUAAAAUUGACAGCUAGAGUUCGUCCCUGCCUACUAUUCUGUCUUAUUAUAUGACUGAAUUUGCGAGCGGGAAAAAUUGAAGUCAAUCUUGUGUUGUGAUUGGCUGCCCGAUAGGGUAAGAGGGGCCUAUCCUGCCCGCUAGGGAUUUCCCGCAUUGGUCCCGCAAGGAAACGUUUUUAUGGUCAUGUAAUUCUGUGUUUCACUGUCACGCAAUCAAAAUUAUAAAGUGUAAACCAUUACAUACAGAAAGUCCAGAAUCUGGGAAAUGUAUACAAGGCAGUCCCCCCGUACCGGUUUCCGGCGUAGAGUUGAGAGUUUAUCCCAGGCAGCUAGUUAAUGUAUCUGCUCCUUUUUUGUGUAGGUUGUCCCGUUUAUAUCAGGACGAGUGACCACUGGCCUGUUUUCUGUACAUUUGAUAUGUGCCUGCCCUUCACUGUUUCACCAGGUAUGUUUACUUGUUUGUUUUGUUGUACCGUCGAACCCCUCUGCAAUAACUUCCUUGGACCUAAAAGGGGGAUAUGCCAGGAGUAUACUCUUGGUUUAUGUUUUGUUCCUUGCUUUCUUUAUUACCAAAAUUUACGUUCGUAAAAGCUAGUAGUAAUGAGACCCAUUAAAGGAGUAUUCAUUGCUUACUUACCCCCGCGUAAGUAGUGUAGUGUGUAUGAAAUGAGACCAAUUUAUGCAGUGUUCUUUGCUCACGUUAUGACCUCAAGUUACCCCUGUGUAAGUAGUGUAGUGUGUAUGAAAUGAGACCCAUUUAUGCCGUGUUCUUUGCUUACAUUAUGACCACGAGUUACCCUGUGUAAGUAGCGUAGUGUGUAUGACAUGAGAACCAUUUAUGCCGUGUUCUUUGCUCACGUGAUGACCUCAAGUUACCCCCGCGUAAUUAGUGUAGUGUGUAUGAAAUGAGACUCAUUUAUGCUGUGUUCUUUGCUCGCGUUAUGACCUCAAGUUACCCCGGCGUAAAUAGUGUAGUGUGUAUGAAAUGAGACCCAUUUAUGCCGUGUUCUUUGCUCGCGUUAUGACCUCAAGUUACCCCCGCGUAAGUAGUGUAGUGUGUAUGAAAUGAGACCCAGUUAUGCCGUGUUCUUCGUUAACUUUAUGACCUCAAGUUACCCCUGUGUAAGUAGUGUAGUGUCUAUGAAAUGAGACCCAUUUAUGCCGUGUUCUUUGCUCACGUUAUGACCUCAAGUUACCCCUGGGUAAGUAGUGUACUGUGUAUGAAAUAAUACCCGGUUAUGCCGUGUUCUUUGUUAACUUUAUGACCUCAAGUUACCCCUGGGUAAGUAGUGUAGUGCGUAUGAAAUGAGACCCAUUUAUGCCGUGUUCUUUGCUCACUUUAUGCCCUCAAGUUACCCCUUGCAUAAAGUGAGCAAAGAACACUGCAUAAAUGAGACCCAUUUGUGCAGUGUUCUUUGCUCACUUUAUGCCCUUAAGUUACCCCUGGGUAAGUAAGUAAGUAAGUAAGUAAUAACUUUAUUUAACGAGGGUAAAGACAUUGAUUACUGGUCACCCAGUAGUUUUCACAAUGGCCCUCCUACAAUUAAAGUAAUAAAAAGUAUCGAUUAAUUAAUUAACUACCAAUAUAAUCUACCAACUAAAAUUACAUAAUAAACUACUAUUAAUACAAUAUUGAUUAAUUGACUACUAAUGAAACUAAAAGGUUUUACAAAUCUUAAAAUGAUCAAGAGAAGAAAUCAAACUACGGUAAAGUUUAAAUAAGUAAUUUUUAAAAUUAGUAUGGGAGAGUGUCUUAGGUUCGGGAUCAAGAGCGUUCCACAAACGGCAAGCGCUUGAGUGAAACGUUCGAAGGCCAGAGUUCCUUUUACAAGCUGGUGUUGUAAUAUUGUUAUUGGAAACGGAUCUCGUGUUAUGAUUAUGGGUGUUACUUAUAUGUUCAAUAUAUUUAUUAAAAUAAGCCGGGCAAUGUCCUUGAUUUAUUUUAUGAAGCAUAUAAAGCUUCCUAAUACGUAUAAUAUCAUCUAUAGGUAGCCAAUCUAAUUUGUUAAAAAGCUUGACUGAGUUUUGGUGAGUAUCAGCAUCUAAAAUAAGCCUAGUACAUCGUUUAAAGUAGUAUAGUGUGUAUGAAAUGAGACCCAUUUAUGCAGUGUUCUUUGCUCGCAUUAUUACCUGAAGUUACCCCCGCGUAAGUAGUAUAGUAUGUAUGAAAUGAGACCCAGUGAUGCCGUGUUCUUUGUUAACUUUAUGACCUCAAAGUACCCGCGCCUAAGCUGUAAUAAUAAUAAUGAUAAUAAUAAUUUGCAUUUAUAGUGCGCAAUUUUCCAUGAAGAUGUUCAAAUACGCGUGACGGUAACUUAAAAAACAAGAUCUAAACUUUAAAUAGAUAAAUAUAGUGGCUUAAAUUUACAACUGCACAAUAAAAUGUAAAAAGAUAAAAUGUUACGUACUAAAAUUCAGAACAAGGUAGAAUCUAAGUUGUGAUAAUAAAAAGGCUAAACCAAAUAAGUGAGUUUUAAGCUUAACUUUAAAGACAUCAACAGACUUGGCGCAGUGGAGUAUAGUGUGUAUGAAAUGAGACCCAUUUAUGCUGUGUUCUUUGCUCACUUUAUUACCACAAGUUAUCCCCGCGUUAGUAGUGUAGUGCGUAGGUUACUUUAGCAUAAGUAGUAUAAAGUCUAUACAGGGAGACCCAUUUAGGAAGAAGGGUCCACUGCUAGCUUUAUUAUCUCAAGUUAGUCAAACAUAAGUAGUAUAGUGCGUAUGAAAUGAGACCCAUUUUUGCUGCGUUCAUUGCUCACUUUCUGACGUCAAGUUACUUUAACAUAAGUGGUAUAAAUUGUACAAAAUGAGACCGAUUUAUGGAGUAUUCAUUGCUUGUGUGUUUUAUGUCAUUUGAAAUAAUUGUCUUCUCUUUAUUAGAGCAAAGUAUUCCAAAGAGCCCGCAGUCCGGAGGAUGUGAGAUCAUAUUUUGCAAGAUCAGUGCAAAGGUGAGGUGGCUUUUCUGACGAGUUUCUGUUAAAACCAAAUAGCUUUUGAACCUUUCGUUGAAGCAUUUGAGAGCCACCCCUAUCACACAUUUUCGAUAUUAGUUUUGUACAAGGAUAUAGUAGAGUCGUGAAGUAAACCAAAAACAAAUCCUUUUUCUCAUGCGUUAUGUUAAGUAUCAAUCUCAAAUGUUUUGCCCUUGGCCUCAUUUUGAAAGUAAGGAUUUUGUAACUUGGAAAUGACCUAUCCUUUAUAUUUAUUCUCUUGCUUUUUUUCUACAGAUCAAAACCAACAGUAAAACUAAAUUUUAUAUCGAAUUUCACUCCACGUGCUUGGAAGGUAACUGCUUGUUCUUUCUCGCAAUCAAGCAAGCUCACUUAACGAAUCAAUCACACUUUACCAUUAUCUGCACUCUUAAAAGUCGCAAAAUGUCAAAAAAUCAACGAUCUAUGUGGGCAGUUUUUGUUGACCCAUUUUUGGGAAAAUGAAGUUUUAUGGAUACCUUACCCAAUGGCUGGUGUAAUUAUUAUUUAAUUUAGACCCUGUUCCCCAUAGAGACUCCAGUAGGUCAAUGGUUAAAGCGUCCAAUUCUUUGGAGGGGUGUGUGUUCGAAUCUCAUCUGUAGCUAGGAAAUCUUUCGGAGCAUUCCAUCGUUUUCUCCUAAGUUAUUUGGAAUUCUGGGGAUGUUUCUGGGUGAAAAUCUCCCGUGUGUGGUAUAGAAAAUAAAUAUUGCAUCACCCACGAGUAACCUGCGGGGAGCAGACCCUUUUUUCGGUUCUGGGGGGGGGGGGUGAAACAAAACGUCUGCUCCUCGCGGACUACACCUAUGCGUUGUCAGUUUUGUCUUUACUCUAGAGUGAACCACAUCGACGCUGCCGAGAUUUUCUUGUAAGUUGGCUAAGUACUUGGUUUCUUAAUUUCCAUAUUUCUUUAUUGUUUCUCU